AUGGGGAAUUCAGCGUACAUCAACAUAAUUGAAACUAAGUCAGUUCAUUCAAACAAACUUUUUAGUGUACAUUGUUUCUGCCAUAAAUGUGAUUGCAUUUUUCCCAGUCAAACCUCGUAGUGUAUGCCAUUGUUCAUCUUAAAUAGUUUAUAAUUAUGAACAUUAUAGGCAUGCCUAAAAUCUUCUUCUUAAACUGGUUAGACAAACAAGAACUCACAUAUAUCUGGUGGCGUUGCAUUUCUACUGUUUGGAAUGGCUCAUCUAGAAGGUCCAAAUGUGUGUAAUCGUCUCAAAAACAACUUUAAGCGGAACUAUAUUUUUCAGUUUUUUUUAAAAUUAUCGAAUAAAGACAAAACUUUUUCUGUGUUUUAACUUGUUCUUGCAGUGAUUAUUCUAGUUUGUUCUGACAUUGUUUGAAAAGUUUAUGUUAUUCGUCCUGAUCGUUCUGUAACAAAUUUGUGGAAGGGCAACGCCAAAUGAAACAACGCCGCUGAGCAACUGUUAGCUUUACUAUCAAUAAAUAAAUGGCUCGUGCGUCUGCAUUAAUCUAUUAGGCAUUAUUAGACGACACAGUACGAGAGUUGCAAUUAUUGUCGUAAUUUGAUAAAAGAUAACUGUGUCAAUGCUGUUAAGUAAAUUAACUACCACAACGAGAUUACUUCGGCUGGCUCAUUUGACUCCAUAUUAGUUCGCUGCCUUCCGUGUGGACAAUCUUUCAAUAUAUGAGCAAACAUAUCACUAUAUACUGCGUACAUAUGUAUAAAAGGAGUCUUAUAAAAUAACUUGCAAACGGAAGCAAACUCCUUUGCUAUCACUUAAGAUACAUAAACGCCGGUGAGUGUCUAUCAGGCAUGCUUGAUGCAAAAAGCUGUGCAAAACAUGCUCUCUAUGGCAUUACGUUUGUGAUAACGGAGCUGUGGGCUUUUAAAAAGCCACAUCCAUUAGCUUACAAAAGCUGUAAACGGAUUUUUAAAUAAAAUUUGAUUUAGUUGCGGGGUCCAACAAAAGGGUCUGCAUGAGUAGUCCGAUAGACAGUAUACGUCGAUCAAACGGAUAGUUAUAAAAAUCCGUUUAGGUGACGGGCACCUAUGAACGUAGGAGUUUGCAAACGGCAGUUAAAAAAAGAAAUUCGUGGUGUCCUUUAAUUUUUUAAUUAUAUCAAGUCAAAAUAUCCCUCCUCUUGUUGUUACAUAAGUGACAGUAUACAAAUACUAAACAGCUAGAAGAAUAAGAGUCCACUACGUUAUUUAUAAUUGUAAAAUUGCAUUUUUAUUAUAUAAAUGUAGCAUGAAGACAGGUUUUACUUAGGAUCCUCUUGGUUAGACUGCUGCACAUUCUUAUCUCUUGCAAAAACUGCCUCCACACAACCGAACUAUAGAUUGCACUUUAUGCAGCUUGCAGAAUUUUUAUUUCCUGCAAUCUGGCCUUCUUGAAAGAAGUUAUCACUCACAUUAAUACUCUCUUAGGAAAUCCUCCCUCCUGUCUCUGUCAGGCCUAAAACUGUCUGACAGUGGAAAUUAUUCAUGUCAGAGCCAAACGGAGAAUGGAACGCUAAGCAAGUGGAUUUUUUUAAAAGGUGAGCUUUGGGCGGCUGUUGUACAACAACCACAGACGCGUUUACUGCCGUGGCUUUUCGCUCACGUAUACGUGUCAUUUGCGUCGGAUUUUUUAGUUGCACACUGCAUUUUCACAGCCCACCGGAUUUUUUAUCACACAAGACAAAUGCAAGACUUUGGACACACUAAUCAAAUGUCGCAUCGCUGUAAGCAGGACUUCGAAUUUUAAAAAUAAACGAGCAACUAACCCUUACAGUCUUAUUUAAGAUGGUAAUCGCUGUGCGAUAUAACAAGAUGUAAGUAGUAGAACAUGCACCAUCUAUAUGCAGGUUAUAAUAAAUCUCACGGAACCUGUAAAAACUGAACGUGUGCGUUUAUGCGUGUGCAAGUAUCCCUAAAAAGGUUCUAACAGAUACGGGGAAGAGUUAAAUGGUCAGAUCCGGCUUAAUAGACAUUGUUUAGAAACCCUGCCCAGGCCCAGGUUUUGAGGCAUUAACAAGUCAAACGUACAAGCACUGAACCACGGGUUUGGCUCUCUGUAAUGGGGCACAUUCAGCAUGACAGAGUGCUAAAGCUGAUUAGCAAACAGCAUGAUCUCGAAUUGCAAUUCUUGCAACCUAGGACUGGGUAAGUUAGUAUAACGAGGGUUACUAAACCAUAAAUGGCUGUCCCGGUCGCCCUGCUGUCUUUAACAAUAUCAUUUUAUCUAUUUUUUUAAACUGAGCUUUUGAACGCGUGCAGGAGUCAACGGUCAGCGAUAGAAGCAAUUAGAAAACAAGCAAAAAUCGCAGGGUAUGCUUCACAACCACUAAACAUUAGGCAUUCUCUGCCAAACAAUAGGGACGUUUCAGAAGCGAUUAAAAACCUUGCUGCGAAACUAGGUGUUGGAAUGUCACACGAGCACUAAGCCCUUUUCCUCAGCAAUGACAAGAAGAUUAAAGGCCAGUUUAAUCUGCAAGACCAAUUGAGGGUAUUGCAUCGCAUUCCGGGCCAAAAUUGCCUUUGUAAAUACACUGGCCAGACUGGAUACCUGCCCGCAUCUCGUGUACACAAGCAUAGGGCACCUGUGUGAUGAGGGGACGAAUUGUCACACCUGCCAAAUUGGUCAAGAGUCCAACUUUGCAGCCAACAAGAUAAUUGUUCAUGCCAGGAGUAAAACAAGCCGAGAAUAGAUUGAAUCCCGGAGCUCAAAUGAGGACUCAGUCACACGAUUUAUUGAUCUGGCGUCCACGCAUAGAGUCCUGUACCAUCGGUCGAUGAUUUUCUCUUUGGCCCUAUAACUGUUGCUUGUUCCGCUGUUGCACUAUCUCGGACGACGGACUCUUUCACAAGUUUCAAAGCCCAGAACAGUGAACAGAUUGUUUCUUUCAUCGACUAUUCUUCAUCUUCGAGUUAUAAGUACAUGUGGACCUCGACGAUUUGCCUCCAUUUGCAAUUUAUGUGCGUAUGCUACUAACCUCUGGGCAACAACCUGGCAGAGUUCCGCAUCAAGCCGCUAGGUACAAUGAGACGUGCAGGUUUCCUUAUACGAUUGAUAACCAUCCCUCUAUCGUGUAGUUAUAUCGCUAAAAUAAGUUGAUUUACUCUAAAAUUAUAAGGCACGUUCUAGGAUAUGGACUCAGUCAUAUGUUGAUCAAAAGGGUUCUAAGUAAUUUAUUGUAACAAACUUCACGUUGAAUGUCAGCACUUGAGGGCAGUUUGGCUUCAGUUGACCCUUGGAUCCGUUCACUUCUCUCAAUUCUAGGCAAUAUGCUCGACGCAAAAGAAGCAUAGCUAAAUAUGCAAUGCAUGUCAUUUGUCCUAACCCUAUUUACGGAGAAUCUGAGAUCCGCAAAUUUUUAACAAAACAUGUACUUAGACACUUGCAUAUAAAUUUGGAUGUUGCGCAUAGGCCCCCUUCCGACGCAAAAUCGUUUUCCUCUUUUUGCAUAUGUUAAUAUUGCUUGGCUGAUUACCUGAGUUGUUUAAGUUUCUUAAUCUGACGGCUCGCAGUUUCUUCAUUCUAAUGGUAAGCGCCCAAAAUCCACGCAUACGUUUUGUAGUCAACGCGUAUAAAUGGACGCAUUUCAGGUUCAUUUAAGACCCUCAGAAUAAAUAUAACACCAAGUUUACGAGCAUUUAAAAGCUAAUAGAGAUUUGCUUGUCAUUUCCACAAACAUCAACGGUUAUGCAGACACUCGAAGCAAAUUCAACAGAAUACCGUGUUUAACUUGGUCUAGUAAUAUAGUUUAUGACAAUCAAUGCUUCAGCAUCCCUCUUAUAGAUAUUCGUACUUGUAUUUCUUUUUAAGUUGUUUUGUAAGGUAUAAAACAUUUAACACAAUCUUUAGUUAAGUGUACGAUGCGUACACGGAAAUAGCAAUCGGCGCAUGGAAUAAACGCAGAAAAAUCAUUGGCAGCACACAUGAACCAUUUAAUAACGAAAAUACAAAAUUUAUUGCAGGCAGUCCUGUACCAUCGUUCGAUGAUUUUCCAUCUUGCCCUGUAACUGUCGCUUGUUCUGUUGUUGUACUAUCUCUGACGACGCACUCUUUCACAAAUUGCAAAGCCCAGAACAAUGGACAGAUUGUUUCUGUCAUCGACUAUUCUUCAUCUUUACUUAUAAAUAUAUGUGGAACUUGACGAUUUGCCUCCAUUUGCAACUUAUCUGCGUAUGCUACUAGCCGCUGUGCAACAACCUGACAGAGCUCCGCAUUAAGCCGCUAGGUACGAUGAGACAAGCAGCUUUCCUUAGACGAUUGACGACCAUCACUCUACUGUCUAGUUAUAUCGCUAAAAUAAGUUGCUUUACCUAAAAGUAAAAGGCACGCUCUAGGAUAUUGAUUCCGUCGUAUGUUGAUCAACAAAAUUCUAAGUAAUUUCUUGUAACAAACUUCACGUUGAAUGUCAGCACGUGAGGGCAGUUUGACUUCAGUUGACCCUUGGAUCCGUUCACUUCUCUCAAUUCUAGGCAAUAUGCUCGACGCAAAAGAAGCAUAGCUAAAUAUGCAAUGCAUGUCAUUUGUCCUAACCCUAUUCACGGAGAAUCUGAGAUCCGCAAAUUUUUAACAAAACAUGUACUCAGACACUUGCAUAUAAAUUUGGAUGUUGCGCAUAGGCCUCCUUCCGACGCAAACUCGUUUGCACCUUUCUAAAUAUGUUAAUAUUGCUUGGCUGAUCACCUGAGAUGUUUAAGUUUCUUAGUCUGGCGACUCGCAGCUUUUUUCAUUUUAAUAGUCAGUGUUCAAAAUCCGCGUUUAUGUUUUGUAGUCAACACCAUGUAUACGAGCAUUUAAAAGCUAACAGAGAUUCGCUUGUCGUUUUCACAAAGAGCAACGGUUAUGCUGACUCUCUAAGCAAAUUCAGCAAAAUAACGUGUGUAAACUGGUCUAUUAUUAUAUUUUAUGCCAAUCAAUACUCCAGCAUCCUUCCUAUUGAUCUUCUUACUUGCACUUCAUUUAAAGUUGCUUUGUAAGGUAAAGAACGUUUAAAACAAUCUUUAUUUAAGUGUAAGAUGCGUACACGGAAAUAGCAAUCGGCGCAUGGAAUAAACGCAGGAAAAUCAUUGGCAGCACACAUUAACCAUUUAAUAACGAAAAUACAAAAUUUAUUGCAGGCAAUAAAAGUGAGAUACUCACAACUCAAGUAUUCAAUUACCCAUCAUUUAGGGGAAACGUAGCAUUAAACGAAAACAGGAAAGAGAAUUAAUAGCUACGGCAUGAAGAAGGCACAAAAUAAAAAGAAGAUGUGGUAAGCAGAGCAUACAUGGAGUUAAAGUUUUUCAAUUACACAGGACACCGUUUGUCAUAAAAAGCCAACGCCUCCGACGCGCAGCCAGGGUAAAAGUGGGAGGAGGGUCUGGUCGCCGCUCCUUUUUUGUCGGUUUUCCGCUUUUACUGCUUCGACCUACUGCGUUCGGCAUACGCGAUACCGCUUCCGGGUCUUGUGCCAUUCUCUGGAGCUGCGACGAAAAUUAUGAUCCAAGAAAGAUGAUACGUCCUGUCCUCCAUAAAUUUACUUGCGCAUAAGUUAUGUUCACCACGUCCGGUAGGCUGACGGAAACAGAUAGAUGACUUUGGUAGUUUUCUGUUGGGCCUUUUAAUGCCUUCACCCAGCACCGUAAAUUGCAGCUUCGUCUUUAUGCUCAUUUCUAACUGUGACGGAACUGGACGGGCCAAUGAUGACCUUAUAGGGUUUUUUUAACGAACUGUGUCACCAUGCUGUGGGUUACUUUUCACUUUGUCCCUCUGCCCAAAUCAGACUUUCUGUUUUCGUCGAAAUCACAUACCUCGAGGGGGUUUGUCCAUAUCUGCGUUUUUAAAGAUCCCCGUACUUCGCUGUGUGAUAGAAUACCGGCAUACAAAGCGCUUACAUAUCUCCUCGUGUAGCAAUGAUUAUUUUCUGUCAGUGAACAAAAGUUUCCGUAUAAUGUUCUACGUGCCUUUUGCAUCACUAUGUUCGUAAACAUCUAUGGGAAUGUGAAAGCUUUUUUCGAAUUAUUGCGCGCGGUCCCACCCGAUUUAUGUUGACGUAUCACUACUUCACCCGUGUUUGCUUACACAGUCACACAGACGACUGUUGCGAAGCCGCAUACAUGCAAUUAGCACUUUCAGGGCACUUCGCUCAAAAUACACUAGAGUACUCCAACAGGAAUCAUAAUGGGGUUGCGUGAGUGUAGAGGACUGCAUUUGCCUCUUGCAACGAGCAGGUGCGUCGGUGGCUACCAUGUUGUGUUUAAAAAAGCACAUAUUAUUGGGCGUGCCGAAAAAUGUGUAGCCAGUUGACGGUUAAGGUCUAGUAACAGGAUUUUGCUUUUCGGCAUAUCGUGAAACCGACUUGUAAUACUACCUCCUAUAUUUCCUGGCCCGAAUAAACGGUCUAGCGGACAUAAACAUGAUGAAUCAAGACUGAAAUGCGACAGUUUACUUGCCUAUAUUAGAUAGUUUGUACUUUUAUAAGAUUGUCAAAAUUCCACUCUGAAUAAGGACCUAGCAAAGGACAAAUCGAAAAAAUCUUCCUCCCCAUAAUCUAUUUUUAUAUUGUAGUUCGAAGUAAAACCGACACCAGUAGAAAGGAGGGAAGUCAUGUCGUUGCUGACGAACGUGAGUUGACAAUUAUAUAUGAAAUUUUAUCUUGAUGUAAUUUCUUAAUGAAUGUCGUGUCUAAAACAAAAUUCUUAUCUUUUGCAAUUUAAAAGUUCUUUGAAGUUCAGGCACAUUUGAUUAGCAAUUUUGGCGUUGUCCCAAGUUUGGUUUUAAAGUAUCCGCACUGACUUUCAAGUGGCACAAAUUCCUCGUUUACCCGAUUUUUUAUAGAUGCAUUCACUUCCCUAUUAGUGCCGGAUAUAAGGUGGGACGUAGGUCUUAUGUUUGGAAGCCUAACUUAAAAUCAGCAUACCUGAACUUUGCAUGUCUGAUAAAUGAAACAUGCCGUCUUAUCAUGAUUCAACAAAAAACAUGUCCUACAAUUUGACUCACAGGCAAAUUUGUUCAUUGUGUGUGGAAAGAUUUUCAACGACGCGCCGUAUCACAGGCUCUGUAUUGCAAAACGAAACACAUCACGGUAAAUCUAAAGAAGAACAAACAUAGUGUGGAUAUUAAAAUAAAUUCUUAUUUGCUGUUAAUUUUGCCUGUCUGAUAAUGGCGCCAAAGCCACAACCAGUUUCUUAGAGCUCUCCUAAUUUUUGCGACAGUAAUUCAAAAAUGUUCUUAAUUCUAUUCCUUGAAAAGGGAUGCAGACAGAUGGAACUUUAACUUCUAACUACGCAAAUGUAUUUUGCAGGUGGUACUAAUUUUUGACAACUAGGAGUACCGACAGAAAUUAAUUGCACAGUCAUACCCAAUGCAAAACAUUGAUGUCUAUCCCAUAGCAUACUGUAUUCUAUCCGUUUAAUUCAUAAUCCGGUUAUAUUGAAGACCAAAAAUCAGAUAUUUUUUUAAGCAGACAUUGUUUCACCACAAAAGGAACAUUUGCGUGUACAUGUCCUUGCGGUCGCAUACCACUGCCUGUUUAGACUGGUAAACGUCACUACUAGUUUUACCAGUAGCCACAGAAUGAAGAUAUCUCAAUCGUGAUUUCCAAAGCAACGCGCUAUUUAAAGUUCGCGGAAUCUUCUUUAAUUAUAUUUGGAAAAGUCUACUGCAAAAAUGAAUCCAGUAGGGCGAGCAGGAGUUCCGAGCACACAGUUAAUAAUAGCGUUUCCAAAAAGGCGCUAGUUUGCUGUCCAUUUGGCGGGUAUUUGCGGCACUCUUUGGAGAUAUCGACUACCCAAAUAAAUAGGCAUCUUUACUUACAACGGAUCUUCGCACAUCUGUUUAUAUAGGUAUCUCGUUUUCAGUACAUUGGGAGACAGACCUUUAUAGAAAUUAAUCUGGUUUGUCGGUUCAUGCGGUUCACUACUCCGAUUUGCCCUCGAAAGCGGCAUUUAACAUAAUCAUUCGAUAGGCUGAGUAGUUGAGGUGGAAGCAGUCGCAUAGGUUUUUUCUGUUUUUAAAGUGACGGGCCACUGGGCGAGUUGGCCAUUUGUCAAGAUUACAAUGAAUGUCAGGGUAGGUUACCAGCCAAUGAUAUAUUGCUUGUGACUGUUAGACGACUUUUGUUUUAGAUGACUUCAGAAAGACGUCCAGGAUGGCCAAAGAUUUCUUUUGAUUACGUGACGGACGGCAAACUACACCAACGACAGUUACGAUACUGCGCUAAAUACAUAUGAUUUGGUAUUCGGAAGGCGGUUGCACGCACGCUAAAGCCAUUUUAAGACAUACGAGUUUGUGGAUUUCCACCGGAAUGAAUUUCUAAUAACUAACAUGUUUGAAAUUCGCACACUUUUUGCUCAUAUAGAAAUGUCCACAAGCAUUUCGCCGGUAGUAAUCAGAAGUACCUAAGAUGCCUGCAUCGAGUUGCAGACAUCCUCUUGUGUCCUCAUUCGUUCAUUUAGGAGAUUAACAUGCUGGCUGUCUUUAUAGCACGUUUUAUGCCUCAAAAUACUUAGAAGCUUUGCAAAAGGACUGGUAAAAUUAUGCUAUUCUUAUUAUUAACGACCUACAGUAAGUUGGCCAAAAGAAAUUCCGAAAUGCCGUUUAUUGUCCUAAAGAUUAAUCAAGCAGAGUCGUAAAACCAAUCCUUUUGCAGCAAAAUCCUAUAAUAUUUUAGUUACCCCAGGACACUGACCUUCGAACAAACUUCUUUUUAGCUGCAUCAAAAAACCAUACUCUGUAAAAAAUGGCUGCAAACUUAGCAUGCAUUUUUUUCAUUGAUUUCCUAUGCCCUUAAAAAUUCAAUUGUAUCUCAUAGAAAACAUGCAUAAAAUCAUUCAGCAUUCUGCUCAUUCAGUAGGGAACUACGCUUUCUUCCAAUUUUAAACUCCAAGGAUAAGUUUAUUUCGAUUUUUUAAAACCUUUCCUAAUCCCAAAUAAUUUUAAACCAAAGCGGCUGUUUCAUUUGCAUUCAGGGUUCCUAAACUACAAGCUGUAUCAUUUACGCUUACGAAAAACCAUAUAUUUCUCCACAGUAUAAAUGGGAAACUAUAUAGUGUUCAUAAAAUUAAGCAUUGGCUUUGAGCCACAUUGUUAACCUUACAAGUAUCUACCAGAACACACACGGGGAAUGCUGGAGGCCCACUGACGAGCCGAAACACUCGUACUUACGCCAUGCAGCGGCAAAACAUCAAAGAAGCACGUGUGUGUAGGCUUUUUGCUAGUACUUUUGUUGUAAGAAUGGAAAUGUCUUACCCUACAGUAUACUACUAGCAGCCUGUCGGCAUUUAAUGAAUAUUACGCGGCUAUGCGCUGUGAUUGAUAGACAUCGGCCCAAAUAUUCGUAAAUGAAAACUUAAGUCUGAGCCUAUAGGCCUUAAAUAUAUUGAUCUACUCCAAGUUCGUUGUUAAUUUCUAAGGAAAUGAAAAAGCUACCAAAACCAAAAUCCUACUUGUUUGUCGAUGGCUAUGUUGCGGACGUUGGUCAAUAACCGUGAAUUCCUUCGAUAUAAAACUUGGGGAUUCAGAAGAGUGAAUACGACUCACAAAUCAGUUAUUUAGACAAAACGCUUAUUACAAACACUUUCUCGUAACUGAUAAACACAGACUGACUUAACUCCAUUUCCAGUACCUUCUGGCAUCCGUGGUUGCCAACCGGCUUAGCAACUCAUUAACAUUAGCAUUCUGUUGCAAUUCAUAUCGCUGAUUCGUGCAAAACGCCGGAAUAUACUGAGGCAACUCAUAUAUUUAAAUUGGGACAUUUUUUUUCAAGCAUUAUCAAAGCGCAUGGAAAGCCAACUGCGUUGUGACAUUCACUUUUAAGUGGCAAAUAUUCUCUGCCGGUGAUUGGAAAUAUGCGCAUCAAAAAAUCAGCAGUUAGAUGUGCUAAAACGGAGAUUGGAACGCUAUGAUGAUCCAUUUGAAUGUAAAUUUAAUUUUUACCACGUUAUAUUAGAAAGGGCACAGGAGACUUCAAUUACCGUAAUCAGGGAAAUCAUGGAGAUGGCUACUGCAAUACCAUUUUUUUAAUUAUUUGAAUAAAACAAUUAGUUAGCUGACCCGGAGACCUGUGUCGCGUUGUCUGCUGCCUAAGCCCAAAAUGAAAAUCAGGAGAAAAAAAAUCACUUAUGAGAUGCGGCUAAUAGCUAAUGGUAUAGGUGAAGGAACAAAAUAGACAGCUCAGGUUAGCAAAAGUAAGAGAACCGGGUCGGUAAUCUGAGGAGAAUGAAUUGCUCACCGGAUCGGGGGACUUUUCUGGCUGACGUUUCGAAGAGCUGGGGCUGCUCUCCAUUGUCAAAGCGUCAAGUGAAAAAAUCGAUCAGCUUUUUUGAAUAGACUGCCGCAUUAGUUGGCCCUGGGCUGAUCGAUUUUUUUCUUCUCUCGCUGCCUUGGCCUACUGGCCGUCGCCUGUGAAUGUUGGUGGCCUCCUGUAAUACGUGUCGUCACCUCAAUUGGGGUUGGUAGCGUUUGCGUUUCCCUUUUGGGUGAAGUGGUCGACAGGCCGUGUUUGCUCGGCAUUCUUAGGCUUUGUGUGAUUGUCUUGCCUUCGUCACGGUGUAUGCAGUGACGUAGGACUUUAUAGGCCGAAGGAAGGUCUAGAUGCCUGUUGAUGGAGUUGGCAUCUGAGUACCAAGCCUCAAGUGUGAGACGCUCAGUCCUUGAGUUACCCCUGCCUAAGACGGCUGCUCCUUGAAAAUCAAAACUGUGACCAGUUUCCCCGAUGUGAGCCGCAAGCUGUGAGUUUGGGUCUAGUCUCCGUGUCGCCAGUUUGCAAUUUCCGCCCGGUUUUCCCAACGUAGUUGCAGUCUCCAUCCUUACAACGUAUUUGAUAGACAACUGCUGAGGUUUCAGUGGGUGGCAGUAUGUCUUUGGGUUGCAUCAAACAGCAACGAAUUGUUGCUUGGGGUCGAUGGGCAAUACCUACCCUGGCGGGUUGUAGCAGUCUUUAAACCGCCUCGGAGGCUCCUUUUAUGUAAGGAAUAGCCCUCUAGACUUCGGGUGGUUUUUCUUGUGGCCGUCGUCUGUUCACUCGGCGCUUGCUUUGCUUGAUGAAGUGGCUUGGGUAUCCAUUGGUUCGAAAGAGAUCAUGCAGAUACUGUCGUUCAACUCUUUUGUCGGCUGGUGUGCUGCAGUGUGUUUCAACUCUUUGGAACAGAGUACGGACACAGCUGCGUUUGUGAGAGAGGGGGUGAUUGCUGUUGAAGUGCAGUAUUUGUCUUGUGUUUGUGGCUUUUAUGAAAACGGUAGUUUGUAAUUGUCCAGUUGCACUACGACGCACAAGGACAUCGAGGAAGAAAAGUUGGUUGUUUGUUUCGGCUUCCAUCGUGAAUUGGAUAUUCUGGUCAACCGAGUUCAGUAAUUCUUUAAGGUGCUCCACGUCAGAUGAUCUGACAAUAGCGAAGGUGUCAUCGACGUAACGAGCCCAAAACUUUGGUUGAUACUUGGUGAACACCAAGUGUUCUAUCCGUUGAAGAACCACUUCAGCCAUCAGCCCUGAUAUGGGGGAGCCCAUAGGGGUGCCUUUGAUUUCUUCAUGCAUUUGUCCACCAAAGGUGAAAUUUGUUUUUAGGCAAUAGCGUAAGAGCUCCAUGAGAUGUUCAGUCUUCAGGGGAUUGUCGCUCUCGUUGUAGCGAUCAACCAGGAGUUGUCUCACAACGUCAAUCGCUAGUUGUUGUGGAAUGGAGGUAAAAAGUGAAACGACAGCAAACGAUACCAUGGAUUCAUCUGGCUCUAGUUUCAGAUGUUUUAAACGUUGAAGGAACUGAUUAACAGAGGCCACUGUUGUUGGCGAUCCUUCUGCCAGGAACUUAAGACGAGCAAACACCCAUGUUGCCAAACCGUAUGUAGGAGUACCACGUAGGGAGACGAUGGGUCUAAGAGGUAUGUUAGCUUUGUAUACCUUCAGAAGACCGUAAAACCGCGCAGUGGCAGAGUCAGAGGGUUUCAUAAGAAACCAAUCUUUAGCUGUGAUUGCUCCAUUCGUUCCGAGUUUUGCCAGGCUUUUGUUUAUUUAAGUAGGCAGAUUUUUCAUCAUCAGCCCAGGACCAACUAAUGCGGCAGUCUAUUUAAUAAUGCUGAUCGAUUUUUUUCACUUGACGCUUUGACAAUGGAGAGCAGACACAGCUCUUCUAAACGUCAGCCAGAAAAGUCCUCCGACCCGGUGAGCAAUUCAUUCUCCUCAGAUUACCGACCCGGAUCUCUUACUUUUGCUAACCCAAGUGCCCAUUAUUACUGACACUCGCUCAGCCGAUAUGCGAUUACACCGUUAACAGGACUGGUGUUUGAUACACCUACAAAUGACUGUACGUGCACAAGAAUUCCGUAAGAAUGAUCAGCGAGUCAUAAAUACUGUAAGUUCUUCAGUUUGUGGCCGAUGUUUUCCUCUUCAAACUUGAAAGAAUGGCUGAAUACCGUCGAUGGAACCAUAUGCUAACAGCCAACGCCAUCUACCGACAGAUGAUCCGCAUUUAGUCCUUCACAUUGUAUGUCAUCUUUCUUCUCUUGCGGUUUAUUUGUUCAAACGUGAACUACGCCGGAUCGCGGAAACGGUUUCGUGCCAUCCUGUUACUCUGGUGUAUUUUUGGCAUCCUGUUGUUGCAAAUGGGUUCCUUUGGUCAUUGUAGCUUAUAACUUAAACUGAUGCUAGCAGACGCUGGACAGUUUUCGAGGCCUUCUUGACGGACAGGAGCGCUUGCCAAAAAUUAGGUCCGGUACAUAUUGUAAUUUCGAAAACCUGUCUUCUCGUUCAUUACAAUGCGUCUCAAAGCUAGAACGUGACUGCGAAAAACUUGCGGCCUGUUAAUGUGGCUGUUAACGAUCAGUUUCCUUGUAAUCCAUAGUCAGACACCGGGCAGAUUUUUCACAAUCCAAGAUCAGAUCACAAUUUCAUAGCUAAAAGGACAUGCAGAACAUAGGAAUAAACGAUAAUACAAUGUUUCACAAAAUGGACAACAGGUUGUCAAAGCGAAUUUUGCAGGAUAUACUGACCUUGUGCAGGAGCCAUAGUCUUUCUAUACCUGAAAUUGUACGCAUAAUUAUAUUUUGCUAGUCAAAAUCCCAUCUUAGACAUAAAUAACUAACCCUAAGUAAUCACCAUUUUUGAUACAUGUUGCCUGCUGAUAUAUAUGUCGCCUGCUGAUAUAUAUGUAUAUAUAUAUAUAUAUAUAUAUAUAUAUAUAUAUAUAUAUAGUGUUAGGGGGCGCUCACCGAUCAUUCAUACGGAACUCACUCGUUCCGUUGUGCCUUAAGAGCUCUCUCUCGAGCCCAACCAGCAGCCGCACAGCGGCGCAUGAUACAUAGGCAGAAUAACAUUACCGGGCUUGGGUGUGGCUGGCUGACGACGGCUAAUAAGCCAGAAAUGGCCAUUCCAGUCUCCCUUGUCUUUGUCGGUAAUGUUAUUCUGCCUAUGUAUCAUGCGCCGCUGUGCGGCUGCUGGUUGGGCUCGAGAGAGAGCUCUUAAGGCACAACGGAACGAGUGAGUUCCGUAUGAACGAUCGGUGAGCGCCCCCUACCACUGUAUAUUCCCGAUCGAAAAACCGACAAGGCAACGGGCUCGUGGCCCGGUGAGUAGAGGCGUUGACUUCUAAAAAACCAACAGGUCGCGAGUUCGAGGCUCGGGUGUUCCACACUUCGGGCUUGGGUAUGGAUGGCUGACGACGGCUAAUAAGCCAGAAAUGGCCAUUCCAGUCUCCCUUGUCUUUGUCGGUAAUGUUAUUCUGCCUAUAUAUAUAUAUAUAUCUGCAUGUGCACAAUGAUCCGUUGCUUUCCUGCAAUGGAUGCUUAAAAACUACGUUCAGCUGAAGGGCUUAUGGCCCAUCUGACUGAUGCAAGUUUACGAUUCUCAUUCCAGGCGGGCCUCCAGUUUCAACGAACUGAAGGGAUAUGACGUAGGACUUGAUCAGCACUCUUGAUAGAGGUCGUAACAUUGUUUUCCUUCCAGUAUUAUUCGGAGAUGCCAUACAUAGUCUCCCUAUGGAAAAUACAUAACAUUUUUGGUGGCCAAACAUUUAAAUAAACUUGAUGAAAGUAGAAUUUACAUGCUUUUAAAACAGACAGCACUUUCAUUCCAUUAAAGUAUGUACUGCAGUCGCCAUGACGGAUUCCAUUAGUCUAAUUUCUUGAUGAUAUGCUUUAUUGGAGGGCACGCAGCUGGGUCAUACAGUUGGUGACCUAACUGAUGAAAUAAGAUGAGAUAUACCUGCCGGUAUCAGUGUCGGUGUAUUUCAGGGAAAGUAGGUGUGUCCCUUUGAAAUAUCUAUUAGUUACAUGCAGAAGAAUCAUAUGGAGAAAAUGUAAAGGGAAUGACAUGGAAGAAACAUAAAGGGAAUCAUAUAAACUGUGCAGAUGAACAUAUAAUUUCUUGUGUUAACAAAAUUUAAAGACAUAUAAACUAGGUUUGUUGAUUAAAUGUAACAGACAGUUGGAACACAAUUAAGAUAAGGAAAAGGAGUAAAUUUUUAAUUGUACUGGCGGUGGCAUCGCUAUAACACUAAAUUGUCAACGUUAGUAUCAAGGUGGCUGUAGUUCAGCGCUAUUGUGGUGCGCGCUCCAAUUUUGAUCUAGCCUCCGUUUAAAACUCUCCACGAAUCCCGACAUAACAACAUCCUCAGGCAAAACAUUCCAACCUGCAACCACUCUGUUUGAGAAGAUGAACUUUCGUGUGUCUAGUUGGGCACCAGUCACACGUAGUUUGAGUGGAUGGCCUCCCAGGUUAAUCGUAGUCGUCAACUCGAAGAAGUCUUCAGAGACAGCAGUCCCGGCUGCGCACGGCGCCGACAGUUUGUAUCAGGUCCCUACAUAGAUGUUUGUAAAUCAAAGGAAAGAGGUCAAGAUUAGCUAAUCGUGUUGCGUAGGGUAGUGACAACUGUCCAGAUACAAGUUUCGUCGCUCGACUUUGAACUUUUUCGAGUAUGCCGAGGCCUUUAACGGUCUAGGGUCUCCAUACUUGGACAUCAAACUCCAGAUGCGGGCGCACAAAUGUUCGAAAGACCUUGGCAAAACACUCUUCAUCAAAGGAAGGGAACGCCCGUUUGACGAGGUAUGGAAUGGACAUCGGCGACUUGUCUACUUUCGAGCAUUGCAGCGAAGGCUUAAAAGAGGUAACGAUCCAUACACCAAAGCCCUCCGGAGCGUCGACUUCUUGCAGGGAUUUGUCAGUCAGACGGUAGACCGUGCGGUUAUGAGGACUAGUUCCGCUGACGCGUUAAGCGAUAGAAGCCAGUGUUUUGACCAUUGCGGCCUAGAUUUUACGAGGCGGCCUAGAUUUGCCUGCAGUCGCGCCUCGACAACUUCGCUUCGCACGGUACUCCAGAUCUCUGUGUCAUCAGCAGACAUUGCGGCAUCUCAAUCCAGUUCGUUUGCGCAGUCGUUGGCGUAUACGAGGAAUAGUGUAGUGCCAAGAACAGAGUCUUGGGAAACACCACUUCUAAUGGCAACCUCGGCAGAUUGCUGGUCACUGACGUGGACGGCUUAAGAAAGACCGAGUAAAAAGCUUCGAAUCCACAUCAGAGGCUCAACUCGCACUCCUAAAGCACUACGUUUUUAUAGAAGGCGGUGGUGGGACACCCCGUCGAAGACCCUUUUGAAGUUGAUAUAGAUGGCAUGCACCAUCUCUUCUCAAUCAACAACCCGAGCUCAGUGUUCUAGACUGUAGAGCAAAUUUUUCACACAGGAUCUGCCUUUUUGGAAUCGGAAAGCAGUUGGUUUUGUUCAAGGAACUGCACUAAUCGUUGCCUUAUUAUUUUCUCCAUAAUCUUGCAGCAAAUGAAGUUGAGACUGACAGGUCUGUAAUUAUUCACAGAGACCCGACUUCCGCCCUUGUAAAGUGGCGUAAUCCACGCCGACGUCCGUUCGGGUGGCCGAUAUCCGGUCUCGAAGGAUGUAUGGAAAAGCAUGGAGAGUGGUUUAGCCAACUCACUGGCGAAUGCCUACAAAAUCCUGCGGGAAUCUCACAGGACCUAGUGAUUUUGAUUCUAUUAACUUCAUAAACUCCGCCAGAACUGAACUGUCUACAUAAUUAUGGUGUCAUCGAAGGGUUGAAGGGCCGAAGAGAUGAAUCUUGUUUCACUAUAAAAGCAAACCAAAACAUUCUGAAAGGUGAUCAGCUUUCGCUCUGUCUUCAGUGAGAUGUUCGCCUUCAGCAGUUUUUAGCAGUGAUAUUGGGUUCUCUUUCCGCGUGCACUGCUUCGUGUAGUCAUUGAAUAAUUUAGGGUUCUUUGCGGCAAGGUUAAGCAGAUCCCAUUCGAAUUCCGUUCUAAUUUUGACGAAAUAGUCCUUGAGUCGAUUUCUUUGAAUUUUGUACGCACAUAUAGAUAUGGCGCCCCUGCCAGAAAGCAACGUUUUCCACAGUAUUCAUUUCUUAAUCACUCCAUUCUUCAAGGCUUGCGUAAGUCAUCGAGUUGUGCUAGUUUACCUCUUCCAUGCAACCGGAAAGUGGUUUGCGAUCAGCUUGUGCAGCAUUUUUCGAAACCGUUACCAGUCUUCGAGUAUGCUUCCAACAAAUACGGACUUCCACUUAAUGCGUGAAAUGUCAGUCCUCAUUUGGUCGAAAUCCCCACAACGAAAGUUUAUUCUAAUUGUUGUGGGUGUCUCACGCGUGAAAAAAGCGAGCUAUUCCAUGAUUGCUAAUCAUUUGCAAACUGGCUCUAAUUCACAGACCCAGUUUCCAUAUUGAUAAAAACACAUUUAAUGAAAGUAAAAACGCAAAUGAAAUUUUCAACAUAACGUAUCGUCCUUAGAAGUGCCAAUCUAUUCGGAAAUGCAGGAAAUCCGCACGUGUCAAAAAUAUUCGUAAGGGAGUACAUUUCGGUUUGGACGUACUGAUCAUCUAACCAUGUAAAACAACCAAGUAAAAAUUGAGUAACAUAGAAUUAUGUUCAGCAGUAUCGUGCUUCUGGAGUUCCCAUUUAGAUGCGUAUUAAGAACUACUUUAGUGUCAAUAUAUUUUUAUUGGAAUCCCGUGUACUUUUUGCGAUUCUACAGAGACUGAGAUACGGUCUCGUGAACCAAAUAGGAGUUCGCUUGGUUUUGCCGAUUGUGAUGUCAGAGGGAUAACAGUUUCCGUAAGGUCAUAUGCCGCCAGGUCGGUUGGUGACUAAUGGGUUAAAUAGAUUUGGCAAAUGUAGUCGUAAUAGAACCCUGCUUGAACCUGAUGAAAACUUUUCUCCCGUGAAAUUAAUGCGCACUUUUUCUUUGUCCUGGAUUGUGUUGACUUUCAGGUCAGCCUUGAAAUAUCACUAAAUACUUCAGGAUUUUUUAUGUUUUAAGUCCGUUGUGCAUAAAGCCGGGUAAUAUAUUUAUGCUUUAUAAAGUAGUUAUAAACUUAGCAAGUCAGAUAUGAUGGCAUCCAUACCAACUGACCAGCAUUAAUUAUAUCAUUUUCUGCCUAGUGUCCAAGUUGUUUUCUUGAUAAAAUUACCCUAUACCUUUUUAGUCGUAGUGGCUACUUAAAUUUAAGGCAUCUUCCAGCCGUUCAUGCAUGCUGCAGUUAUGAAGAACCGAAAUUAAUUGAUUAAAACGUGGUCUUCGCAAUCUAUGAUUAUCAAGAUAAUCGAAAAAGACGGUUCUCGAAAAAGUCUGCCCGUUCUAAAAUAAAGUUGGGGAGAGAAUUUUGUGAACUCUUCGAUUUUGCACCUUCCCAGUCAACAGGCAGUGAUUCUACGCAUAUGGAAACCCGUUUGUUUUUAUUUUUGUACUUACUGCGUUUUGGUUACUACAUACUAUAACCAUAAGAUGUUACAAACUAUUGAUUUGGCAACAUACUAUUUUGACAAAUGGCUAAUACGGUAACUACAUAUUAUUUUAAGUGUUUAUUAGUAAACCUUUAGUCGUCUCAAUAGCACUUAAAAAUAUAAUUUGAUUGAAAGUGUCGUUAGCGUUCUUGACGACUCUUCUAAGACUUUAUGCGUUUUUAAGAUCGGCGGGUAUACUGGGGUAAUCGAUUGACCUGUGAUUCUGUUACAUUUAGCUGCGCGGUUUAAAAGGUGGACUGCCCGAACAAGAAUGAAUUUCGGUUUUAAAUUAACCUGAUUUUAUUCAUCAACUCUUACUUAAUUCACACAAGUCAACAUUCAGUAUGACAGAGGUCGUUUGGCUAACUGUUUCCAAUUUAUGCUAAUGUCCUCCGUUGAGAAAGCCCGUGUUAGCAGGUGGCUGCGUUUUUGGUAUAUGUUAGCAGGAAAAAUGACUAAAUGUGACGGUGAGUUAAUUCCCCUUCAAAUAUGCAUGCUUCUAAUUACUGGUACAUAGAGGCACAUUUUGCGUACAACCAGGCAAUUAGGAAGCGCGAUGAGAUCAUUAGCACAAGUCGAAGUUUCUAAUGUGCCCUGGACAGGUCACAUUUAUUUUGGUAAUCACGCAGUAAGUGUAACUAUUCAGUGUGCAUACUAGAUACAGAUAUGCUCUGGCGUUUAACAGACAUGUACAAUGAAAGGAAACAUGUGAUAACGCUCAUUUGUAACCUUUGCCAUUUCCAGUUUUUAUAGCUCAUACUGAAAUCCACUUGGAAACGGGCUUUUCAGGGUUAGUCUAACCAUAGCGGAUAUGGUUAAACGACCAGACAAACACGUCUGAAAUACGCCUAAGCAUUUUGUCCGUCUCUCCCAAGUCUUUAGGUGGGUCGAUAAUAGGAUAAACAGGGAAGCUAAAUAUUCCUGAGCAUACUUUAUCAUUGUUUUUAUGAUCACACUGUUUCCUUGUCUACAUUAUUUCGUAAACUGUAAAAAUAUUUGGUAUCUGUAGUCUUUGUAGGAACAUGAAGAUGAAAGUAUUUAAGCUUUUUUUCAUUUAUCUCAAGUUUGUCGAUCGGCGACUACUGGGACUUACAAAAAUUAAGGCCAUUUUAAUGUGUUUCGGCGAAAGAUUCGCAAGGUUUCCGGCGGAAUAAAUUAUUUAUCGCAAGGGAUUAUUGAGUUGACAUUGAGUCAAAGGCAGUAGUUCCCAAAGAUCGGCCAGAUUUAUCUUUCAGACAAGAAGGAAACGCAAGAGAUUUAGAUUCCUUGGAAUUGGCGACGAAAUAUGUUUUCACAAUUGCCAUUAGUGCUUCAAAAUCAGUCGCUUUUAAAUUUGUGUCUUAAAUAACAGAAAGUUGGAAAUUAAUUUUCUAUAAAAUAAAGUUAGAAAUGAGAUGACUUUUUUCCGUUUUUUUCUAAAUUGUUCAACGACUUUCAAAUUUAUACAUGCCAUCGGCGUUUAAAGAAGUUUACAUAUUUCCCUUUGUUUAUUGUUAACGAAAUCAAACUGGGUGUGUGCACUCGUUCUAUACAUUGUACCGCUGGCUGUAGGAUUCUGAAAAAAAUGUCUUGUUCUUUUGAAAAUCCGAGAAAUAUCCUUAUAUUACAAAGCCCAAUGAACCGAUAUAGUGCAAGACUUAAGAAAAUAGUAGGAUCAUACCAGGAGCAUGCAUAUUUUCUAUACACAUUCAAUUGAAAAUAAACACAGGAGGCUUACAAAAAGAAAAUUAAACGCUAAAAUAUUAAAGUUAUAUUGACUGUAGUAGUUCAAGUUUCAUCAUUCCAAGUACUGCCGUUUACUACCUAGAAUUUGCAUCCUACCAGCCGAUGGUUGUAAAAAUGCCGGAAACGGAUAUUUAUGCCUCUCGACCUUCCUAGUGAUUACCUACAGUUACUAUUUAUACAGCUUCUAUCCUGAGUCCAAAAAUGGAGCCCACGAAAAAAUAAAUUGUUUCAAGACCUUUACAAUUCCGAUAUAAUCGACUGCCUUCAGUUUACCGAGAUUAUGUGACGCAGCCUGCCCCACUGGGCUGUAUCAGUUGCUUAGGCCAGAGAGUUAAACUGUAUUUGUGCGGUUUAAUCUCGGAGACUCCUUCCGGUUUCUCUCCACGCAGUUUCCACCAGACUCUUAUUUGACUCUAAUGCCGACGCCUGUAGGCUUAACCUGUUCGUAAGAAACAUAAUCUGACGGGCAUAGCAUUAUGGUACAUCAGCGUAUGAGGCUAGUUAGACUGCGCAUUUUAUAGAAAAGCAAGUCCCAAAGUAUUUCACAUACCUCAGAUAUAUGCUAUUUACAGUGGGUUUAAUGUGUCCCACAGACGAUAGAAGGGUGAACAGAGAACAACUGGAAGACUGGUGAUUUCAGUAUCACAUAUUCCUCCUACAAUGAUAUGGCUGGAGGCGUUAUCUUAAUAAAUCACUGAGACAUUGGAAGACUUAUGAAACCUCGGUGGAUACUUCGUUAUAUGCACUCUUUGGUAAAUCUAAUGUCCCCGUACCCGGGAACUCGCAAUUAAAUGUGGCAUGGUGCUAUUUCCAUUAAAGGCAUAGCAAGAAAAAAUCCCUGACAUAAUAAGUUGCAUGGCAACUUAGUCUUCGCUUAUAGUUAGCCGAUAUUUUUAUUUUAUUGAACGGACAUGGUGUUAAUACAAGAGCCAUCUUGAUGGAAAUUUGAAUCCGUGAGUAUUUUAAUCAUACUAAAGUGCAGUCUCGCAUGUCUACGUUUACCAAUUGAGUCAAAAGGUGCCGAAUUUUCUUUUAAACUAUAUGUUAUGCUGAGUAAGGGAGAGCUAACAUAGACUAUUUUUCUUCGACUAAACAACGUCUUUUAUUAAAAAACGUGGGCCACGAUCCUGACACGUGCUUAAACGUGCAAGUACAGGUGCUUAUCUUGCUUAAGACAUUCAGUUACAACAUAACCGACCUUUUAAAGUUAUGCUUUUUGAAGUUACUAGACAAAUAUUUUACUUUGUAUUAAUCGGAUUAUUUAUCUUUUACUUACUAGGUGGAUGAAUAUGGCAUCACGCCCAACUUUUAAUAUUCAGAAGCAUUUUGCAAAAGGUGCAAAUCUACGGGGCGUUUGCUAUUCAAUAUUAAUAAAAAGGUCUCAUUAGAACGACCUCUUGAUCUGGUUCGGAGCUCCAGGUUUAUCAUUGGUAUCAUGGUUGUUUGUGUUUGCAUCGACUCUGUGAAAUGAACUUAGAUACCCAUGGUGUUGGAUCUGGGGCAUAUUUUUGGACCAAUAUUCCACCUUUUGAUACAGAUAAUUUUGUCUCUUAAUAGAAGCAGUAACAAGAUUAACUAUUUACAAAUAUACUUUUAUUUUGUAAACCUUUACGGACUGGUAGGCUAAAAUUUACGGGGCUUGACACAGCUGGAUCGAAUUUCGUUUGCCUAAAAGCGGUAGAGACUGGAAUUGCAUGCCUUAACUGUACGACUUUGCAUCACUAUAUUGACUUCUAGUCUAUAAACACAGUGUCCGUUAGGCAUUCAUACUGGUUGAGAAUCGGGUUUAUCUUCAAAUAUUCCCACUUUUUCCUUCAAUUGGUUAAAAACGCCAAACAUACAAAUAGCGUUUGAGGUACAUUUCUGGUAAAUAAGAGGGAUAAAGUUAGUCGAUUUAACGCGACAAAAAGACCGGACGUGUGCAGCGUCCUAGAGGAAGACAAAAACAAAUGCAUCUAUGAGUAUGAGCAUGACGGCGCAUGUUUAAUAACUUGUUGAACUCAUGUAAUAGUAGUAAUGAAUUGAUAGCCAUUAAUUAAUCAGUGGACGUGCAAAAACAGUGUUUACUCUGUAAGAAAUAUUUUAAAAGAAAUAAUAAAUUCAGUGGUCUUUCUUAACUGGUGGCGACGAAUAUGAUAGGACAGUUAUUUUGUUGUCCCUGGCUUUGUUAUUUAAAUGUCUACUUCAGUAUCGACCGUCUGAUGAGCAAAAAUUUCAAUUUCUUAAACCCGUGUGUUCACGCUUGUCCUUUGCCUUCUGCACGUAUACUUUGUCUUUGCGGGGCUCAUACACUACUUGAAUCCUCCCUGUGUUCUUUAACGCUGUCCUCUGCAACUCCGUGCUAUCGACUGGCGCAAAGUACUACAUUUGGGGCUGAAAGAACAAAUCAAAUUGCUCUCCACAUAAUUUUUUUUAUCAUCGAAAAUGGUCCAUUAACGGCAGACGGUCUGCAUGAAAAACGUAUUGCUAAUUUGGACCCGAAACACGAGACUGGCGCUAAAAGCGCAAAUGCGUCCACAUCAAUCGACCCGAUGAUAGUGGUGCAAUUAAGCAUACUUUGCGUGAAACAAAUACGCCAAUAUCUUUUUUGAACGAUAUUGGAUGAUGGUAAAACUUGGCCAGAACAAACCAGUUUUAGGCGGACUUUGUGAAACAAAACUUAGGCAGGUAACUGUACACGCGCCUUAUUUUUCUGAUAUGCAGAGGGCUUAAUGAGACAUCUAAGUUAAUUCGCCAAACGUGUGCAAAUGUCCGUAGCCCAUGCGUGCGGCGGCAUUUUGUGUGAUUUUCGUCUUUUUGAGAACAAGUCGAGCAAUGAGUAAAUAUGUGGCCUGGCGUUACGUGUAUUUUAAUAAGACCCAGUUGAAAGUAAUCGAAUGGCCUCUGGCAAAGUUAAUAAAGGAGAAAACAUUGAACAUGCUAACCGCAAACUUUGGCUAUCAAGCAGGAUGCGGAAAAAUGCACCAACACCCUUACAAUAUGCAGCUGACGGUUUGAACCCAGCCAUUGUUCCAACCGGCAAGAAAUCAAAUAAAAUAUCGGAGUUAAGGAGACAAGCUUUCUUGCCUAGUAUUUCAGAAUGAUAAGGAAUGAUUUGCGUUAAGAGGGAACUUAAAAAAUACCGAUUCUGACAAGGACAUGCUUGCGGACAAAAGCAAACAUGCGAGUUCCAGUAGGCAGUUCAGAAGACGAAGAUUAGAUCGAUAGAAGAAGAGAAAGUAUUUGCCCAACUAUUCAAAUUCUCACUCGAACCCAUUAACAGAGACAGCCACAAAUAAGGCAAAGACAUGUUAAGCUAUAGUUGGUCGUGGCACCUCGUGCCAUAAUAGAAACAGACGGUUCACGAAAUGAACAAUGGGGGUACCUUAUCCAGCACGUGAAGUACGCAUGAUUCGUCAACACAAAAAUCGUGAAAAUCAUGCGAAUACCUAAGGCACCUUUAUGCAAUCGUAGACAUACGCGCAAUAUUAUACCUUGUUCGAGAUUUGGGUUUCAUUGAAAAUUUAAUAGCUUUAAAGUGACGCUAAAUUGCGCAGGCAAAAAUACACCACAAAUGCGGACAGCGUGUUGAUGAUUAAACAUACUACUUGGCAGAACUUAUUUGCGAACCAAUUUUCGCCACUGCGUUUAAUCUCAGGCAUAGUAUGUUUUUGGAUGGAUUACAGUUAUAUUUAGGCUCUAUUUUACACGAAGCACUGGCAGUGGUUUUGUUGACUUUUUUACAAAUACUUGUGAAAAGGGCGAAAAGAAACCCUAAUUGAAGCGGGGAAAUUGCGGCCACAUGCUUAGAUCUAAUCGUAAACUUACAACGGCAAACAAGGUUUCUUUUAAUUAACUGUCCUUUACUAUUGUUUUUUGGGAGAAUUAUGAUCGCUACACAUCCUUCAUAGCUGAAUUUCUGCCAUUUCCGUUCUUCUUUUCAUCAGCAAAUGCCUACUGUGCCUCCUUAAAAUGUGCAUCUAAUGAGUCAUGCACUUGGGAUCGGACAAGCCAUCGUUUUCGGUAUGUAGAUGACUUGCACAUGUUACGUUAUUCAUUAUGUGUGAGAAUAAUUUUCUGUUGUUUAUACAUUUUGUCUCCAACGAUCAAAUAGUUGCCAGUUGACUGUUUGAUAGCCAUGUGUAAACGCUAUUUGCACGUUUUGCCAUAGUAAAAUAUCCACCUUCUACAGGGUUGAAUAACCUACCGCAUAAUCAUAUAACCUGGAGACAUAUUCAUGAGAGGAAUUUUGGUGCGUAUUCGUCAGGAAAACGUCCCAAUUUGAAAUCAUCUAAAUUCAUAAAUAUCAAUUAAGGUGUUUUCAUAAAAAUAUACACUAUUUACUAAGGCCAGUGGCCUAAAACGGCGGAAAGAAAUUUUAGAACUUAAUAAUCCUGCCCCUUUGUUUUGCUUCUCAGAUGUGUCUGUGGUUAGCCGUCACAAACCAUCGAUUGCACAAUCCAAAAAGGAAAUCCGAGUCACCCCUAGCCACUGAAUAUUUAUGAGUAAGCGAGGCAUUGUUCUGAGUCAGGCGAGAGAUUUUGCCUUAUCGUCAAUAGAUGCUGACGUCUUUGUCAUCCGUAAUUUCGACGACCGCAUAGUGAACAUUGAAACAGUUUCGAUCACAUUUCUGCCAUAAGGAAUAAGACUAGAUAGGUAGAUCGGCUUUUUGGGCAGAACUUCUGUUCGGGCUGUUGUGGAACACUCCGAUUUGACCCUCGCAUAUGUCAAAUAAAGCAGCUUUUUCCCUAGUUGUCCUGUCCCAUUAAUACUGCUGGCACUGUCAUAUAAUGCAUCGCCUUAGCAGUCUAAAUUACCUGACCGAUCUCAUGCAAUGUUGACUGAAAUUCUGAAAUGCGUUUUCGCUUAGGAAGUGUUACUUAAGCGCGGUUAGAAUAUCGAUUAUUUUGCGGCAUAGGCCUAUGAUAUUUCGGACUUAAGCGGAUGUCAGCACUUGAAAGCCAGCUUUUCAGUCUCCUCUAGAAAACAGUACUUGAAAAAAGUGGCUACUUAUGUAGCAUUCAUUUUUCUACUGAUUUUCGAUGGGCUUGCAAAUUUAAACAUAUCUCAGAUAAACCACGGACAGCAAUGUGCUCUCUUUCAAUUGUUUGAUAGACAGCUAUGUCACCUUCGUAGUUUCUAUUUGAAGACGGAGAGUACAUAGGCUUUAAAAAAUUUCAACUCUGAGAUUUUUUAAAGAUCGCUUUAUGCCAAUUUAUAUAGCGACGUGCAUGUCCGUCUACCACUGCUUCUCAUAAAAUGUACAAAAUAGCGCUCAUUCACUGCAAAAUUUUAUGAACUGUUUAUGAUAUCGUUUUAAAGGCAAAUAAAUAUAUGUGAUUUUCUUUAUGCCGAACGCAUGCAACGUGUAGGCUGGAAGCACUAAGUGCUAAGGUAGCGACUGGUUAGUCUCCAAAUUAUUCGGGAAUUAUAAAAUGUUUAAAACCUAAUUGUAAUUAUUCUUUGAGUAGAAAAUAUUAAGAUGACAUAGUUCUCUAUUAAACUACUGAAGGCAAGCACAUGCUUUUCCUUGGUUUCCAUAAAUUACGUAUGAAUAUGCAAGUGCAUCGAAAAACAGUAUAAACAUCCAUGCUCCUUAAAAAAUCACGUUUCUACGGGAUCUUGCAAAGCCGUGUAUUCAAAGGCUGACAUCUUGCCACGUUCAAAAUAUUAAAGGACUAUGCCUCAAAAAAUGGGUAUUACACCGGCGCUUAAGUUCUCACUUCUAAGCAAAAAUGCAUUUCGUGGCUUCAGUCAACAUUUCAUGAGAUCGGUCAUUCACUGUAUGUGAUGCCGACUUAGCUGCAGAAGCGAGCGCGACAGUGGAAUAUCAGCUCUGAGUCACUGUUAUCGCAUUAGUUAGGGAAUACUGGUUUGGCCCCCAACACAGGGCGUUUAUGCACCCAAAGUUUCUUCUGCGACUGAUUGUCAAGCUUUCAGUCCUGAAUAAUAAUAUUUUUUGUCUAUCUUAUUAACAUGUAUUGCGCGCUUUAGUGUUUACGAAUCACGGGUACUGAUUUGUGUAAAACAUUAGAUAUAAUAAGCAUAAUGUGAAGCAAUCCUUAAUCAUUGAGUAAGGCUUUUGUUAUUAUGCGACGCUGACGGUCAGCCUGCGAGUAGUAUUCAUGCUUGUCUUACGCAUUUAAAACCCCGAGUAAGCAAUGGGGGGAUUUCUCAUAUUUUAAGUCAUCCAAACGUGCCUUGCAUUUAAAUUUAUUGGCGAUGUUUAAACGUUAGUGACCAUAGUACGGGUUUGGAAGUUGGUCAAUGUUUACCACAUGCCUUAACAUUGAAGAGUUUUCCUCACCUAAAAAUUUGGUAUUUCAAUAAAAACUAGGGUGCAUCGUCAGAACCAGGCAUUUUGUAUGUUGUGCUUAUGUGGCAGUCGUAAACAAUAUAGGUUAGGUACCCUGAUUCCACCGGUUUGUGCAAAAGGAGUUCAGCACUUAGCCAAACUAGAUAUUCUUUCGUUAAAAGUUUAAAACAUUUUAUACGCAUACAUAUGUUUGCUUUAUCACUAAAUUAUUCCAUUUUUGGCGGUCAUUAAGUCGAUCUCUUUUGCAAGCUUCGACAGCUUUAUAAAUACAUAGAAAUUCGGACUAUUGUACUUUAAUAAAUGCGCUAUACUGUGAUCUAAACGACAAAGUUGUUCGCUUGUUGUCGAAGGUUUAUCCCACUUACACAGCGGCCUCCAUUUGAUGGAAAUUGACCUUCCGUGGAAAACUGUCUUUGUGUCACAAUAGUCCCAAGGUGCCAAAACUUACAAGUAAACCCUAACGAAAUCCAAGUCGGCGAAUGAGCGCUUUCUAAUAUUCAUCCUUAGGCAUGUACGAACCUCCAAAGGCAACUACGUGUCUGUAUGACCUCAAACCUCUAGUUUUUGACGCUUUGCGCUAAUUAAUAUCACUGCAUACAACACAGGAUAGAUCAAUGAAAACGUACGUCCGCCGAAUGUUUGCGUGGAUAUCGUUGCAGGACUUGGCCAAACUCUAACCUAUCAACUAUGAUUUCUAGUUCAUUUUAUAAAGGAAACCUCCAUCAUUGGUAGUUAAUGAACAAACAUCCAUUCACCGAUUCAACAGAGUAAGCGUGGUUUUUUCGUUGCCAUACAAGAUGGGCUCAGUCACUUUUUCUAUCAAGCUGACACGGCUUUCCCGUGUGGAGUCAUUACAUAACUUAUCUACAUGACAGCGCCUUAACAACUACAGUGUCUUUUGCUGCCUAUUAUUCGACGCUUCCACUGGCCACACACACAUACACAAGCACACACACCUUUUGACUCCUGCACAGCGUUUGUAUACAGACAAUAGCAUCUUGGUUAGGGGGGAGAGGGAACACUAUGAAGAACAGCUGUUGAAAUUCCCCAGCAGCGUGUUCGCCCAUGUUUGGCUAGUCUCGGUGACUGAGAAACACGAUCGGAGUCAGCUUCAUGCGUCUUGUGGCAGAGCAGCCCAGGGGCGAGGAGGAGCAGGAGCAGGAGGAGGAGGAGGAAUAGGAGGAGGAGGAGGAUAUAGCAUAAGGAGAAAGAAGAAGAAGAACGGAAGAGCUGGUAGUAACUUGACCGGUCAAGUUCGCGUGCCAAGGCCACGACAGAGGAACGGGUGGGUUUUAUGGUUAUUCGCAUUUGGCGUGACAGUUUUCGCCGCCGCAGCCGCUGUUAAAACAUUUCGGAGGACCAGAGAAAGGGGGUGUGAGCACUCCAUCGAAAAAGCCGAUGAUAUGGAGUCCUCAACAGUCGGAAUUUAGAGAAACUCCCACUUUCACGAGAUCAUGGGUUUUUGAAAGAAAGCGUCUUAAACCUCUCGCAUUCUUGUUGUGUGGGCAAAGAAUCGGGCGUUAAACCAGGUGCUGAAUUCGGCCGCACAUUUCAGCUUCCCUGAUUUAGUGAUGUCAAAAUUUUAAAAUCCCUAGAGGCUAACGCAGCGUUUGGUAAAGUACAAUCGACAAAAAGAGAUCAGGCGUAAAAUUGACUCUUUUCAAAUUUUCUGCGGAAUUUCGAUUUUUCAGGGCUUUAGUGAAGUUGAUGAUCGGUAACUCCAUAAUACCGGUUAAUUCCGAAGGCAACCAGUAUGCCGUUGUUAAUGAAAUAACACUCUUCCUUUUUAAAAAUGGCGCCCAUUAAUAAGGUUACAUGACAUUCUCGGGGCGGUAGCUCAAUAUUCGCUUAACACUCAAUGAGCAAAUACACUCAGCGUAUGUUCCAGACAAUCGAGAUCCUGGAUUAAGUACGACCAUCUGAUGACGACUGCCUGGCAAAAGUGGCCAUUCUGGUUCCUCUUAUCUUUGUCGGUACUCCUUCUCUUGCGUUUAAUUUCCCUCAAAAAAUGUGUUAGUCCUCAAAUUUCUGUUUAUGAUUGCCGCAUGGCAAUGCCAUUUAAGAAGAUACGGUAGAUAAAAGAGCCCAACAACCUAGAGACCGUUGUUAUUAACAGGUAACUUGUUGUAAAUCAUGAGUAAACUAAUUAGCAUUUAUUUCAUUUCUUUUACCUUCUGGUCACCCACGUUACACAGCCACCAACCAGAAUUUAAACGGCCACAUUGUUGACCUUGUUCAGUUGUUAAACUCCUCUGGCCUUUAUUUGAUCCUCUAGCUAAAACCUCAGAGGUUAGGGUGGGAUUCGGACUCACAACAGCGAGAGCAAAUUUUAAACGCAGUCAGCGUCCUCACCAUGUGAGCUAGAAGAUCUUACGUGGAACCCACACAGGAUUAAGUGUUUUCAUAAAGUAACAGGCUAGUUUGUGAUUUAUAAAACGCAAUAGAAUUGGCAGGUGCAAUCGCAAAUAUACCAUUCUGUGAAUAUAAAAAGGUCCUUUCAUGAAAACCGUCUGCAAUUUUUUAGUGUUGGAGCACGGAAUGUUUCCGAUCACCCUUCGAAUAUCUGUGAAUAUUUCACAUUUUGCAGUGCCUGCUGUUGAUUGUACACAAAAUUAAAUUCUGUGCUGUGUUUUUAUUGAAACCCUCCAAGUAGCAUUUUUUGAAAUCAGUUACUAAACUGUCGAGCUCUUAGGCAGUUUUUCUAAGUCAAAUGAUAGUUUGGGCCGUGUGCGUAUGCCCAUCCAAAGUAGUAAACAUCAUCUCUGAAAAGCGUGCAUUUACGAUCAAAGUUGAGGACAAUCUCGCUCUAGAUCAUUUGAACAACUUUAAUAAGUCCCCUCUGUAAACAGGGUUUAAGUGGCUACUAAGAUAUUGGUUAGAUAGCUAGCUUUCCGCCUGUUCCGUUUCUAAAUCACACAUUAAUAACCACUUUAUGCAAAAAUAUUUUGACACAGUCCCAAACGGUAACAUAGCCCCUUGUUGGAGAGCUUGUUCACGGCAAGUUAUUAGGCAUUCAAAAACAACAGAAAAAAGUUGGUGCGCUUAAAUGUAGCACUGCUUUUAAAUGCUAUUACUGCCUUAAGGGGUCAUUAAAUUACAUAGAUUAGUAAAGCUGGUCUUUGAACUACACAAUGCCGGUUUUUCAUACCUACUUUGCUCAGUUUCACUCUGUUUUAUCUGAUUUACUUGGGAAAAGUGCGAUUUAAAGUGCGGCAAGUUUAGUUUUGUAAAUCUGUUGAGUUUAUCUUACCCUCCUCCCAUUAAAAGACACGCCUUGAUGUGCAAAAUUAGCUUGAGACUGCUUUUGUCAGAAGACGUCCAAAUGUUUAUCCGUUUAGGAGAGAAGAUUAUUGAUAAGCAUAUUUUGUGCAAGAAGGACAUUUUUGCUAACAGCAUAGGCGAAUAAAUAAUAUUUACAGCACAUUAUGCGUCCGAAAUCGUUCAUCCCAAUUCCCUUUAUAACGUUUCACGAGUUAGGUCAUAUACUGUAAAUACUAUGGCUUAAACUUAAGUGAUGUUUGGGAUAUGUUUUGCAUACCCAUUAACAUCGCCUUUGGAUGAAAUGAACUAUGUUAUGAAAAGCUCUUCAAAGACAGCCAAAAGAGUCAUAGAACUUUCCGUUCCACAGCUUCCGUUUGACGAGGCCGGCAUCGGUGGAUUAGCCAUGACCUUUAUAUCCAAAAUACAUAUGCAACUAGAUAGACAUGGGGGACACAGUUCUUCCUACUUCUCCGCCGCAUUUAAAUUCCAAAUGAACUUUGAUUUAUUUGAUUAUUAAAAUCUUUACUAUCAGGGUUUUUUCAAGUUUUAAACGACUACUAUUUAAAACAUGUAAAGCACAUCGCACAACCAGUUACUAAUACAAGUUAAGGCAAUAUAUUUCGCUGAAUGAAAAGGACGGUGGACAGUGCCACGCUUGGAAUGGAUACGGGACUUCUAUAAGUAGUCAUUUCUGUCAUUUUGGAUAGCUUUUCCAUGCAACUGUCUCAAUUUGGCCUAUUUCUGGUAGAACACCCGGAAUGCGACGCCAGAGCUAUUAUCUUUCGAGCAUUUUCUAUUUAAAAAAUAAAUUGCAUCAAUGCCUGUAAACUGAAUCAUCGUAAAAUUACUUUCGCUGCAAUUUUAAUUAGGUUUCUUUGAGGAAGGACUUUAUCAAUGUCUCUUUUAUUACGCAGGUGUAGUCGCUUGCGGCAGUCAAGUUCAUUUGAGCAGAUGCUCCGCAUACAGGUGUGGUGUUUUAAAUUGCGAGUUCACCACAAGAAAGCACAAAUAUUAUUUUUAAUACAGUCAGGCUGCAAAUGCACAGUUUCUUAUACGGGAAGUUGUUUUAAAUUACUUUGAUAUUGUAAUCGCCUCCAGCUUUUCCGCACCCUUUUGCAGAGAACGCAACCAUCAUUAUAAUUUCCUUGAACCAACAACAUGUAAUGAAUCCCUUGGGGGUAUCAUCUCAGCGUCACUUGCUAUUUACUUCUGACCGGCUGUCGUGCGGAAAUAUGUUUACUUUAGCUUAUUCUCUGAAAUCGCAUUCCUUAAUUUACUUAUCAUUUAAGUAAUGAGUAUUUGAAUCAUUCUGAAGUAUCUUACUGUGAGACUGUCUGAUCAUUUAACACAGGCUUAGCUGCUGCUCUGUGACCAAUUAGCCCUUUUUGCAUCCCUUCCACACUUUAAAUAUAUGCCAUGCGUAUGUACUAGGUAGGUCAGAAACCGUUGAGUAUAGCGAAUAACACCAUGACUGCACUGGCGGUUGAAUAUAAGAUUAAGGUUUCAACUCAGAAUCUGGGUGGCAUAAAGUCGUGACCAGAGAUUAAAUGCAACGACUUAUGGCUGGGUAAAUAUAUCAUUUGAAUCAGAUGAAGUUUGCUCAAAAGGACAAAAUAUAUUUUCGGUGUCUUUCAAAAAAUGGCAUUGAAGCCGCAAAUUUUUAUAAAAUUUAUGGUUAUGCUCACAGGCAGCCAAAGAUUUCACUCAGGCUGCUAAAACUGUCUUCGCUAUUAGAGUAGGUACUUAAGUGUCAAACAUCUUUCACCCCCCAUUUCAGCUGCGUGUCCACUAAUCCCGACUCCUCCCGUAAAGUGGGCUUUCGGCGCCAAAGACCCAUCCCACCCGACGUCGACCUACACGACUUUAACGGUUCACCUCAUUUUUACUCUGUGCAGUCGGCGGGACAUGAAGAAACAAGGGAAGACUCCUCCUUUGCAAGCAUUCCUCCACAAGCAGUGGAUUACGACAAAACUACGCCCUUUCCCAACGAAUGUGCGGAGUCAGCUGAGGGUCAGUUGUAGAUUUUGAAAGACCUUGCAGUCAAAUAUACUAUAAAUUAUUUCGUCGGAUUUUUCAAAUUAUAGUUCGAAGUCUGCAUAUCCAGUUUUUUGUGACUGAAUGAAGUCACUGAUGCGUUAGACAGGUGUUGCUGGUCAACGGAACUUUGCUUACACUUUGAAGGAAGCCACGGGAUUUUUAAACCCCAAAGAGGUUCCAUUCACCCAACUGGAUGUGCUGGUUUUUUAACCCGUCGGGGACUUUCGAUAUAUCUUCGGAUUUCGAGUCCGUAGCCUGUACAUCAAGGAAUUGCAUACAUAUACGCAGGGUAAAAAAACAGUAGUGGCGUAUUACCAACGAUAAGCUGGGAACCUAGAGUGACUUCUGUCUGUAUGUUUCACAACAAGCCCAUGUUAAUGCGGCCUAAUGUAUGUAACAGGAUUCAUUUUUUUACCAAUCCAGUUGGUUUACUGCUAAAUCCAGCGUUUUCAUAUGCUGUUCCUCGAGCCUUACAGUAUUCAUAAACCUGAGUAUUAUGUUUUUAGGGACCUUCUGGUAUAAUUCCGCGGUAACGAGAUAUGUAUGAAAAUGUAUGUAUGGAAAUUUCCGAUUAUGACAGAGGAAGUUGAAGUGUUCAUUCCUCAUUGAGCCGUCAUCCAUAGUCCUCCGGAAUCAGUUAGGCGUUGGUAUUUAUCCCCCACCUGUUGCUGUUUAUCUAACGAAAUGCGUGAUGAGGUGAGUUAUGAACUUAUGAUCUGUUGGUAGAUAUCUGUAAUGACCCAAAAACUGCCUACAAACCUAACGUUUCAGGUAGCAGAUGCUGACGCCGAGCUUUAACAGUUGUGUCAAAAUAAAUUAUUUGAAGGCCGUCAAGACACCUAGCUAGCUUAUAUAUUUUAGUGCAGCAAAACGCGAAAUUGCAAAAGGGGCAGCACCAUGUGAUUUAUUACCAGAAAACUAGCAAACUCAUACAGGACUUCGAAGCGUUCAUUAAAGUAGAAUUAUUUGGGGUCGAAAGAGGUGCUUUAGUUAAACACACCAAACAGACCGAUGAUUCACAUGAUUUACCUACAGCUAGUGAAUGCAGUUGAAUUUAGAUAAGUUUGGCCUGCACUCAAAGCAGAUCUUUAUGAAACACAGGAUGUUAUUUAAGCAGAGAGUGGAUUUCGGGAUUUCGCAGGUAACAUGCGAGGAAAGAGGAUAAGAUUGACUUUGACAGGUUCUGAAAAUAAAAAGGACAACAUUUUUUACUAAAACGAUCAAAGAAUGUCAUCACAUCAAUAUAGUUUUCAUGAUUAAUUACAUCUUUCUCUUUAAAAAAAAGGAAGGACCUCUAACCUGAUCUUAAACGCUAAGGAACGCUUGGGUCAGAAGCGUUCAUUUUCUGGGGAUUUAUGUCGUAGUUAGUGAUUUACAUACAAGUGCUGUUCUCAGUUAUAUAAUUGUAUGCGACAGUGGCUACGCCCCGGUAGUUCAACCUCCAUAUAAUGCUAUCAUUUUAAUUUUAAAUUAUCUUUACGAGCUCAGAGUCGAUGAUAAGGACAUCUGUAUCGGAAAUAUAACGCUAAACAUAUCUCUCUUAUGCCUCAUUGGAGUAUCUGUUUGCAAUUUGCAACGGAAAUUGUCUUAGCGGAUACCAGAGUGAGAAAACUAGACUUGCCAGUAAGUCGUCAAUCCCCCCCCCCUAACUUGCAUCGUGUGGCAUAAAGCCACAUAUGGGUUCAUAGGAUACACCUACCCGAGAAGCCUUUUGUACUUACUGUCCUAUAUGUGUGCAUCUAUUGGGGAAGCAUUAUCGAAAAUUUGAGAAUAAGGUCUAAAACGACCAUUUUUGGCUUAUUAGUCGUCGUCAGUCAAACAUACAUUAUCAGAGUCUAGCGAGGCUUGUUAUUUCUACCCUACAGUAUUCGGUCAUUGUACUUUUUUUCAAUGUAACCUUCAACAAGUUGCUUAUUGGAUGGUUGUCGUGGAGUUGUGUAAGUCUGCCUGGCGACGGCUAAUAAGCCAGAAAUGGCCAUCCCAGUCUGUCUUUCUUUUGUCGAUGUUUACUAUGCAUAAUUACUGGCGUCCAUUCAACUCCCUGUGAGGACUCUAUCCUAAAACGCGACGGAAAGGACGUAAUUAGUGAACGUCCUUCCACCAUGGUUAAUAUACUCUAUUGUCACUGGCUGGACAAUGAGUCCGUAGUUCAAUGGUAGAGCGCUGGACAUAAAAUUUCCCAUGACCAAAGGAUGCAGAAUCGAAACUCGGGUCCUAUGAGAUCUGAACAUCGUUUAGGCUGGCUAGGCACGGAUAAUAUGCCAAAAAUGGUCAUUUCAGGCUAAUUUGACUGUGUCGAUCUACUUUCUAGUAUGUAUAUUAGAAUAAAAUGUGCGGCGAAAUUCUCGACCAAAAAUCUGGUCAAUAUACGUAGAUGACAAAUGUGUCACCAUGAAAACCGGUGAGGUGCACAGUUCUGGAGCAUAAAAAGACUUAUUGACGGCCGUCUUUCAACAAGCGUUCAGCGAAAUGUCUCCAAUGUCGAUACUAACCUUAUGUUAAAUAAGUUGUGCUUGACCUCCUUCACUGUAUUUAUCGCCAGAGAAGUAUCGACAAUUUACAUAGGAAAGGGGGAACUGACUUGCAUCAGGUUCCCACCUAUGUGCCCUAAGCAACCGGGUCAGCGCUUACUAACAACGGCAGAGGCAACUGCCACCAGGCCACGGAGACCGGCGCUGCGCGCGCAGUAGAACCGCUUUCAGGCUCCGCGUCUUCCGUGAGCCAGGAUCGAUUAGCUGCAUGCGAGUCUGCGCACGCCCCCCUUCCCUCAUCCCCUCAAUCUAACCCUAACUGUGACUGACUGUCUCCUUCUCCCCUCCCCCCACUAUUUACAUACCUCGUCCGUACGAAAGGACGGGUCGUAAUCGAUUGCACUUAUCACUUACGCGUUCAGUUUUUACCUCAUUCGCAUAUAACUAUACAGGCCCGAUGAGAAUUUAUCGAAUGCACACGUAUGCCCGCCAAAUGCUCCUCUAAAUUACUUGCAUCCGUUUUCCCAUCUCAACGGAUACCCGGUCAGCUUUGUGCAAAACUGUAUCAGACGCCAGAGACAACCACCAAUCAUUUGCUCUAAAGGGGACUGACUGUCAUAUCUGUCGAGAAUUUCCGACAAUCAAAUCGGAUUGACACCUCUAUCGUGCACAAGUCAGUGGCUUUCAUGAGAUCCGUUUUAGAACGAGUAAAAGGUCUCAUGCUCAUGGAGUACCAAACGAAGGUCAUUCACAGAACCCCGAGUGCUAACUACUCUUGAGUUUAUAUUGGCCAUACCGAAAACGAUUUGGGACCGGCAUUAACGAACCCAAGCUUGUUAUCACCUGACGGGAUCCCUUAUCACACGCGUUUGUGCACGUCCGCGGGCGCGAUCACUUUUUCAGUUGGAGUCGGACUGAAGUGAUCGCCAGUGCCAACACCAAGCUGGCGUUCGGAAACAAACAAUAUUGCCCGUCAUGUUGAACUGGGCGGAGACCUACGAGUAUGGCUUGCUGACUUGGCUCAUCCUAAAAAACAGCUGUCAGUUCAUGCUUGGACACUCGUAAACGCACUGAUCCGACACAUACCCGACACGGAAAAUCAACACCUCCCCUUAACUUUUGGUAUUUGCUGUAACACGCGUUUCGCCGCCCCCACAUAUAUGACAUUCUGGCUAAGCUGAAGUAAUUGUAGGCAGUAUAUGUACUAGCCUUGUGUGUUUAAUGAUUUUGAGGAAUUGCAACAACUGACAAUGACUUACCGAGCGGGAUUUAUGAAUGGUCAUAGGCCGCUGAAUCCUCAUUUUAUUCUUGUAAACGAAAAGAAAGCAGUUCGUAACCCGUUCUGUCUACGAGCUAACAAAGCGGUUUUUAUGUUUUUUAUCGUUAUCAACAGUCCGACUGACAGCCAUCACGGUAACGCUGCUUCUGCUAUGCGCGUACCUGCGUCUCCGGGGAGACUGUUCCGCAAAUUAAAUACUAGACCAUAAAGCGUAGCCCGAUACUGGGCGCUUAGUGACUAACCCACGUUUUAGCGACCUUUACUGACGAAAAGGUUACAGAUCACAUUUAUUUGUCUGACGCUAUUAGAAGGUCUUCGACUUAUUUGCCUACGCCGUGCGGUAAAACAUCAACUUGCCCUUUAAAGCACGGCUAUCGUCAAGCCUUCCUACUGGUGUAGGUAGCGUUCGUAAAUAUUGCAGUAAGGAGGAUAAUCUCUUAGUUAUGGAAUAGCCCUUUUGGAGUUCUUCGACAGUUGCGUUCAACGCUCUAGUAAGCGUGGGUUGGUUAUAUAUUUUCAGUAUGCUAUUGAUGUGCGGACAUCAAUUCGAAGUCCACAUAGGAAGAUACUGAAUGGUCAAAUGGGGUUGGGAGUGGGAAUAAUUAGACUGAUUGAGAGACUUGAUGGGCUUAGUGAAAAAGAAGUUUAUUAGCCUCUUUAUCGUCAAGUAGGCUUAAGAAUAGAGGCAAUAAGAAAAUAGAAGACGAAGACAGGCUCUUCGGAAGAGGUUUAUUUAUGUGCUGACGUUUCAAAGACCUGGCUCGGCUCUUCAUUGUCAAAGCGUAAAAUGCACUUAAUCGAUCAGAAAUUUAAUUUGAAGUGGCAGUCGUGUUGGCCGGCCUCAUGCUGAUCGAUUUUCCCUCCUCUCGCUGCCUCGGCUUCUCGGGAGAUGGUUGACGGGCAUUUUGCCUGUGUGCUUUGUGAGUCACCACUCCGGUGUACCACUGGACAGCUGCAAACUACAGUAUUCCGAAAAUCCACCGACACGAGACAGAUCCUACACUUCAACAGCAACCGUCCUCUGUCUCACAAACGUAGUUGUGUCCGCACUCUAUUCCAAAGAGUCGCAACACACUGCAGCACACCAGAAGAUAAAAGGGCCGAACGAUUGUACCUUGUGAACCUAUUUGCAGCCAAUGGUUAUCUCAGGCAUUUCAUCGAGAAUAGCAGAUGUUGAGCGCCCAGACAACGGCCAAAUGAGCAGCAACCCGAAGUCAGGAGGGCCAUUCCUUGCGUUAAAGGGGUCUCUGAAGCAGUCUCGCGACUGUUACAUCCCACCAGAGUAGGCAUAGCCCAUCGACCACAAGCAACAAUUCGAAGUCGCCCAAUGCAGCCUCAGGACCCAUUGCCACCCGAUGAAACCUCAGCAGUCAUCUACAAAAUAAAUUGCAAUGAGGGCGACUGCAAUUAUGUGGACGAAACGGGGCGUAAGUUGCAAACUCGCCUACAGGAACACAAAGCGGCCACACGGAGGUUAGACCCUAACUCACAACUAGCAACACACGUUGGAGAAACGGGGCAUACUUUUGACCUCCAGAGGGCUACCAUCUUAGGCCGAGGCAACACAAAAACAGAACGGCUAACUCUCGAGGCGUGGCUCUCCGAUGCCCACCCUAUCAACAGGCAUCUGGACCUUCCUGCAGCUUGGAAAGUCCUACGUCAUCACAAUCGUAAAGCUCAGGACCAAUCAACCACACCGAACUUAAGAAGGCCGCACGGAAAUAGCCCGACGCUGAGUCUACUCGGUGAGGAAGAGGGAGAACCGCCGGACCAACCGCCCGACUAAAGUCCAAUCGGUUCCCCUCGACGGAGUGGUGACUCACAAAGCACACAGGCAAAACGCCCGUCAACCAUCUCCCGAGAAGCCGAGGCAGCGAGAGGAGGGAAAAAUCGAUCAGCAUGAGGCCGGCCAACACGACUGCCACUUCAAAUUAAAUUUCUGAUCGAUUAAGUGCAUUUUACGCUUUGACAAUGAAGAGCCGAGCCAGGUCUUUGAAACGUCAGCACAUAAAUAAACCUCUUCCGGAGAGCCUGUCUUCGUCUUCAAUUAAUCAACCCGGAUAUCUCAACUUUGCCAAUCUGAGCAGUUAGAAAAACUGAGUAUGAUGACUUUUUGAUGCACCAUAGCUUUUUUACAAAGCAUAUUACAGCUUUUUUAGUUUCUGGAUCUACCUGAAAUGUUGUUAAAAUGACUUUCAGUGUUUGUUACGUACAGUUCCUUUCAUGCAUUUAAUUCCAGCACAGAUAACAAACUUAUUAACCGAUGUUCUCAUGAUCUUAAACGUCACCUCUCGCAAUAUGUUUCCCUAACAUUCCGUCAUCCACAAUUUUCGUUCCAAAACGUAUAUAUCACAUGCGUGCCUUGCUGAGAAAUUAUAAGUUUACUGCCUUGCUGUCCAAACGUGAAUGAUAGCAAACUUUGUUUGGUCGUUCCGCGGCGUAAUGUACUUUACCUCACAGUGACUCCUGCCUCGGAUAAUAACAUUGCACAAACAAACUCCAGUUACCCUUUCGUCUGCAGGUUGCAAUAGCCCGUCCCUUUUUGAUCUCGACCUGGAUGGAAGGAUCAAGGAGCCUGCCGCAGUCACCGGAGGGCCGUUUGCUCUUAUCGGCAUCGGAACAAUGUGCGCCCUCUUCCUCGUUAUCGUGUUGGUAUCGGCUUUCGUGAUUAGGUAAGGCGUAUUAUCUAGGACGUGUAUAUUGUACACUUUAAAAUUCGCCAUACCUAUUUGGUAGGAGUCAUACUUUAGAAGCUCGUAUGUCAAGCAGUCAUAUGCAACUCUUAGGCAUAAAUUGAAUUUCUGAAAGAUGCACCUUUCCGUGAGAUCAUUUCUCGCACUCAGCUCUAAAAACUCUCUGAGCCGUGUCUGACUGAUUAGAGGUAAUUUUGAACGUCAACAAGAGCUUCCAGAAACACUGUAAACUAGGAUUUAUGUUUGAUGUGGAGAGUAUCUGAUGAAUAUCGACUACACCUGAACGCUUUAAUCAUGAGCAAUGCGACAUAUAAACUUUUGUGUAUUUUCUGCACUGCUCUGAUUCUCAGCCCGCACUCGAUUACAAGGCAUGUAUCGCACCAUUCCCUUGUCAAUAAUUCGCCUGAAAUAAUUAGAAAUUAUACUUCUCUGGGUUACUUUAACUAUGAGUAAUUAGGUGAAAUAGGCGUUAGUCGAGUACCACUACGUUUAGACACCUGAUCUGACAAACGUAACUCAUAGACAAAAACUAAGUGCAACUCUUGACUCCCUUCGGAUUAUUUCCCCUAACCUAACACUGCUAGUGUGAAAACUUGACUGAUGGACAAUUAUAUCAUUACUGAAAUGCAUCCAGAAUGCUGAGGUAAAGUGGCUUAUUUUUAAAACGUUUCGAUUAAUUCCCCCAUUGUUUAGGAUAUGCCCACUUAUUUAAGAUGUCGGUUGCUUUCAAGCUAAAACCGACUGAUUGAUAGCAAACUACAUGACAGCACUUAGGGGCCAAAGGGGUAUCUUAAUUGAGACACAGGAGUAGCUGCAGGCCGUAGUGCCCAGGAUUUCGCUGUUAUGUGCAUGUGCGCUUAUAUUUUUCAUGUCCUUCACAUGCAAAUCAAGAAUAAUCCGAUCGCGGAAUGAUAAAUCUUUUUUCCCUCCGCUUCUCCGCCCUCCAGCCGAACACGAUUUGUACAACCGCAUUAUAAGGGCAGGCAGCUUUCAUGCCGUUAAAUGCGGACUGCAUGGCUAAUUUAAUUUUUUGACGCUAAAUACGAGGAGGUAGCUGCCGCAUAACAUGAUCAGCGCACGUGAAAAUUGCCUGUUUUUACAAUUUUGGCGGACACCAGGGGAUGAUUUUGACUGCAAGAUUAACCUAUCACUUUGUAAAGUAGCUCACUCCUGUGAUUUAAAGAUGACGCACUGAAGAGUCCUCUGUGUUUUAUUUGGCAAUCAGCUCAGGAUAAUAAGAGGCAAAGUUCCGAAUAUGGCCAGUUGAGUGGCCUGAUAAAACCCAAUGUCCCUUCAAUUUCUUGGAGACAAACGUAUGAUAAAGAGAGAACACAGAAUGUUAUGAGGAGGAAAAUCGGAAAUAAUGAGCUAAAACAAGAAGAUGACCAUAGGCUUCAGGGCGUCUUUCCGUUGGAAUUCACAACGGCAAUUUUGUUUUCCUAGCAAAUGUGACUUAAAUAGAGGCAAAUACUACACGGGCGCUUGGAUGGCAGCUCAGACUCAUUAUGCAGCGCGGAUGUACAAAAGCCUUUUUUCUCGGCAGAUCAAUGGCCCACAUUAAUAAUGAUUACAUGCAACUAGUGUUCUCCAGUUUUGUUUUAUAGAGCAGCCGAAUAAUUUCCCUGUCUAAAGAUUUCCUUGCGAUGCAAACUUUCCUCCUCUCAUCUUCUAAAGUCAUUUUAAAGUUCAUUCACUUGUUUGGAAUGAUCUAUGUACAUAAGGCUGCCAACUGGCUUCACCGGGCAACCAAUUUCUGAAAUAAUGAGAACAUGUACGGUUAUUUUGAUCUUCAUGUCCGUUUUCGCGAAAGGCAGGAGACGCCACGCAUCGAUUUUGACUUUUUAAUUUUGUGUAAACGUUGAUUGAAUGCAUAAUUAAAGCAAGUAACCAUAGCAUUCUUCCGAAUGACAUUUCUUUGUGCCAUGAUAAUGCGUUUUAGCUGCUUUUAUAAAAAAAUAUGAAUUAUGUUUAUUUGUAGAUGUAAAUGGCUUGCGGCAACAAAGGCGUUGCUUACUCUCCCCUGGGUUUAGCCUUCUUUUCUUCAAGGCUCAUCUUUCUGUCAGUUAUCGCCUGUCGACAGGCCAUUGCAUCUGCAAAUCUCUACAGGUGCAAAACAGCUGCCAUUCACGUCCCACUAGUAGAAUCACAUCUCAGAGUUAUUCGAGCAUAAAAGAGACGUUGACAGCUGACGACUGUUCAUACGCCGUGAUCUACAAUUAUCCUCCUUGUACAAGCCAAUGUGUACUAUAGCCGUUCACUGUGCAAGAAAGAUUUUUAGGAAGUUCUUGCCAUUCGCUCAAUAUACGUUAAGUUUAACAGCAUGUCAGGAAGUAAUAUGUGUUUGCUUCCUCUACCGACUUGUCCUGGGAUUCUGAUAAAUCAUUUGCGAAGUGGGAGAUAAAAAUGCUUUAAAAUGAGCAGCCUCAUAAGUUCCAACGUGCAAUUUGUUGAGAGCUGCCAAAUCCAAGUGCCUAUAUUACAAAUUUAGCCUGGCGAAUCGAGUUCCUGGUAGGAACUGGUCAUGACCAUGGACCCCCAAAUUGUGGUCGCGGUAUGUUUGAUGUUUUAAAAAUUAAUCCACGACCAUCUGACGCCAGCCCCCUGUGGUCAGUGCCCAAGUUAAAUUUACAUUUGGGGUGCCGGCAGCUUUGUCUCUCUGUCAACUUCUCCCAGCUACUGCGGUCUUGGUCCGGCCGCACGAGGGAAUGUUCCGUGAAAUGUUGCUUGCUGGCAAAAAAUGGUCAAUCACACUGUUGCGUCCAAUAUCGUAUUGAUAAUGUUUAUGCGUAACUACUUACGCUUCGGGCCUCAAUAUAAGCAACACACCUUUGAGUGGACUGUAGCCUGAGUUUACGCCCAGUUCUGUGGCCAGUUCGUCCAGCCGCCCCGCCCCCGUGCAUUCGACUAAAAAACGCAACGGCUAUAAUUAUAACGCCGGGGUUAUAGAAGGCAUAAUUAAAUUCUCCAAUUAUUUCUCGCUUGCUCAUUUUCGAGCCAAUUGCCCCGGCUCCCCCACCCCUCUGGAACAAAUUGGCAUGCUUCACUGCCAGACAAUAUGGCCUGGUGUUCUUAAGAGCCCCAACCGUCGGCCACCCUGUUUGUCCGGCUGCUGUCCCCAGAGCGCGAACUCGGCCCUGUUUGACUGCACGCAACAGCAGCCCCAAAAAGGGCGCUUUCACCAUAAAUGUAAUGCACGACGACCCAAACCACGCCUCUGAAAACAGCAAAAGGUGGACGCAGUAGGAGAAAUGGCGGUGGGGGGCGGUGGCGGGGUGGUUGCAGUUCGAAGACAGAGCUUCCUCGCGCAGGAAAGAGGAUGACGUAGAGGGCGGAGGAUUCAUUGCGCCAACAUACACACGAGAGGAACUGAGCGGCAGGCUGUCUCUUUCUUUGCUAGAGACAAAAAUGGUCUGUCUUUCCUAUUCCAUUUCCGCUCUGGCUUUGUCUAAAAAAGGAACACUCUUCGCGAGCUAACACCUUAAUUUGAACGAAAACACUGCACAGAUAGAUGCAACACAGAGGUUGGGUCCUGUCCGGAGCUCUGCCCUAGGAGAGCUCCCUUUAUCCUUUUUUGUAUUCGCGGUUUCAUAAAACAACCUCACAAGUGGUUCAACCAAUUUUGUUGAAGGAUAGACAGCUCCGUCGAGAAGGGGACACCGUACUUAGUGACGAUCAGUUAUGCCGAAUGGUACGUUUUUUUUGAUAAAGCAAACUAGUUCAGCCCUCCAAUUAAAGUACACCAAGUUGUUUACGCGCGGCCUCAGGAUUAUGGGCAAAGUGGCAGCGUUUUGGUAUGAAUUUAAUCCAGGUGCAGGUCUGUUAAGUUUUGUUUAUAACAACACAGAGAGAAUCCCCGGAAUUCCCUACCUGCUGCAAAAAUGUCCAGGCAGUAUCCUGACAUUUAGAAUCAGUUAUGUUAGCUUUUGAAAGCACAAGCACACUUAGGCUUGCGUGCCGCUUUUAAAAUGGAGGGUUCAUUGUUGUUUUGAAAAGUAUUCGGUAGACCUCAGGAGCAAUGGCUCCAUGCUCAGUAAUAUUAAGCCUCUAUUGACGGACCUAAAGACGUCUAAAAUCCUUAUUUUGAACUCUCUAAAUGCCAAUUCGGGGACAACCCGGGCAAGGGAAAAGUUGGAACAGAUGUGCAAGGUUGAGAGAUCUGAGUUGAUUAAUUGAAUAAGAAGAUGGACUCACUGGAACAUGUUUAUAUAGAUGCAGACGUUUCAAAGAGCUUGGUCGGCUCUCCGUUGUUAAAGCUUAAAAUGCGCUUAAUCGACUAGAGAUCCCAAGUGACGUGUCACGUUGGUCGGCCUCGUGCUGAUCGAUUUUCCUCUCCUCUCGCUGCCUCGGCCGCGUAUUAAUUGUCUUCAUGCUAGUCGUCUUUGUUGGCAUUCAAUCCGCACUGAUAAUCGUUCCUCUACCUUUUACCACAGCGUUCUGUGCCUGGCGACCAGAGAGUAAACUGGAUGGGCAUAUUCUGUUCUGUCACUCUGAUGGUUAACGACCAAUUGGUCACAACAACUGAAUCCUCCAGAACGGUUGCGUCCACGGUGCUCCCCAAACCGCGGACGGUGACUUUCGCAUGAGCUAGUUUGUAACGGCUGUGAACAUCAUCUGUUCAAACCUCUCCUCCCUCAUCCUGUUGGGUUAGAUUAGAAGAUUACCUCAGAACGACCGAAGGCAGGACAGGACACAGUGGUUGACAACUUGAAAAACACGUGCCACGCCCACACGCCUGAUCUGCCUACAAAAACAGGAGGGGUGACAGCUCAAAACCGGGCUGAGCGGGACUGUCAUGAAGGAGCCACUGCGGACUGACUGGCCGUUCUAAGCGCAUAGAGGUACCCCGUCAGCGGGAAGCAUUCCAAUCCACAACUUUCAGCGUGCUGUUGAAAAAAUGAAAGUGACCCUGACUUUUUAUAGCAGGGGAAUGCUUCGAAUCUCCCCGAGGAUCGAGUACCAAAAGUGGGUCUGGUGCGGAAGUUUUGCGCUGGUCUUUGGCGCGACGCGAGCCUGCGACCAGACGUGCCGUUAGUCUUUUCGCAUUUGUGCCAUUUUUUGCACUCUUUUAUUUGCUCCCUCCCUAAUGGUCUAAAGCAGCACCCGUGCGGCCUGUUUGAAGGACAGAUGACUCACUCGUACACGUUGGUCCCGUGUCACGUGAAGCCGGUCGCACCCUCCGUUGUCUUGACUCGGUCUUCGCAUCGCCGGCGUGUAGUGUGGUAAAUUCUGCGCAAGCCCGCUGUCACUUAAUGUUAAUUCACGCGCAAGCUACCGUUCCUGCGCCCACCCUGCUUUGGGGCAUAGUGCGACCUCGUGGGAAUCGAGGGUUAAACUGUAAUUUCAUGUCCUCAGCGAAGCACUACAGUUGGUGUUGGCAUAAAUCAUCCCGUUUCAAAUUAUCCAGAUCUUAGUAGUUUUACUUAUACAACGCACGUUAUGAAGCUACAGUCUCACAGGACUUAUCCACAUAGUCGCUUGUGAGUACAGAAUAACUCUUUGUAUGAGAAACUAUUACCUCCCUUCAAUUUCUCUGGAUGUCCGCUUGAAAUUUUUAUACAGCAUAUAAACCAUCUAGAGAGGUUUGCAGAGACGAAAGAGACGUGCCGAAACGAACUAUGAGAUUAUAAGGAUAUAGUGACUAACCAAAUUCGUCCCAGAUUGCUUCAAAACAAUUUGUACUUAACUCACUAAAAUAACGGCAGUGCAAAGUGCAAUUAGCAUUUAGGUCGUGCAUCAUACUAAUCUUAUGGUAUUUAUGACCGACGAUGGAUGCUGCUUGUAUCAAAGGGAGUACGGCAGCCUGAAAGCACUACAUUUACUCAAUUCUGCAUUUAAAAUGGCCAUGAGGUCUAUAUUCUUAGUGCCAUAGUCCCGUGGCUUUCUCUUCCGAACCUGGUGGAUGUGUUUUGCAGGCAGAUGGACGAUUACGGACCCAAAGUCCGUCAAGGAUGCUUAUCGGACGGGAGUAACGGCUGCUAUUGCUGAUAUUACUGCAAACGCGUACGUCCGAUGACGGAAAAUGUGGAUUUAUAGCUGUUUCACUGGAACAGUCGCGCAUGGCGAAAGGAUGGCGGUCAGCCAUCAGUGAAUCGGAGAUUAUACUCUACAAAUAUAUUGGCCAUCUCCGUCGCUGAGAGCAAAUUAAUUCCUGCAAUGAAUCAAUUUUUCAUCUUUGUUUCGGUUUUAACUUAAGUAGGUUGGUUUGCUAUUAAUUAUCUAAACUAUCUUAAUCAUUUAAGGUGACUUUCGGCUUAUAAAGAUGACUGUUCGAGUUUAGAUUUGGGUCUAAGAAGGCAUUGCCUUUAAUCGGAAAUCACAAAUGCCAAGAUCGUUUAGCUUCUCAGGUUUCGAAUUCUACCCGACAGUUUCUGCGGUCUGUUGACAGAAAGGUUCUUCAAUGAGUACUGGUUGUCGAAAAAGAAAUCAUGCAUAAUCCGACGCCGAAAUCGGAGCUGACUGGAAUACACUGCUGCACUAGGUGUUACCGACACUGUGGUCAACCCCUCAGUUUUUUUUCUGGACGGAAUCAGCAUAUGCUAUGGUCAGCCGGUGCUUGCAUCUGCGAAUGCAAUGGAACUUGACUUUGAACGCCGGUAAACUUUGACGUAUGAUAGGAAAUGACACCCGCCGUUGGUCCGACGUACCUGUCAGGAGAGCGAAAAGCGUAAAGAGAAGCUGCUUCACUGAGAAAGUGUUAGUGAUAAGAUGCAUGGUCCGCAGAAUUCCCCAAAGGCUGUGCGUAGCGCCAUUUUAGAUUUAAUAGCCUGCUCCUUGUUACUCGGAAGAAUAUUUCCCGGAGGACACAGGUAAAGCCUUCUGCAACUGUUAUUAAUGAUCCUUUUAAUAACUAACCACAUCCGUUGCGAGGUGCCUAAAUGACUUUUACGUUUUUGCUGAGGUAUGCUAGAGGCCUCCGUGAAAAAAAGGCGACCUUGGAAAUAACCAGAAAACAUUUUUCGAUUUCAUAAAUAUGAACGUAAAAAUCCGAAUAGUUAUCCAGACGUUUUGAAUUGUCUCACAGUUAUUAACGUAAAUUACUAAACAUGCAGUGAAUGCACAUAUGCAUAUGUAUUAAAAACAGACAGACAAAUAAAUUUAAUUAUGAAGAUGGAAUUCUUUGAGAAACUGACCGUUUUUUGUAUAAAUAUUCGAGACCAUUUCCCCAGCUUAUCUUCGGCCAUGGAUCUGCGAAGAUAAUUACUUUCUAAACUGAUUCUAAUAAAGGAUUCCAUGAUCGAUUCAAGUUUGUGUUAAUGCGUGUUGAUUGUAUUUUAUUACCUUCUUGGCGUUGGUGGAGCCAGUUUUGAUUUGUCCUGAACCAUUUUGUAUGUGGCCUCUAGACCCCUAUGCCGGUUGAUGCAUGCCUCGUCUGAUUGCAUUGCUUCCAGUAAUUUGUGACCUUUCGUUAUUGAGCAGACGUCAGCAAUGAGAGCGCUCUCCCAUGAAAAUGUGUGUCCAGUGUCCAUUCUGUGCAUGGUCACCUGAGAUAGAUGGCCGCAUCUCUUCACCGCUAACUGAUGUUCUUGUACACGGUUUGAGACAGACUUCCCAGUUUGGAAACAAGAGACGACAUCACAACUGGAACAUGUGAUCUUAUAGACAACGCCUUUUCUUUCGAGGUGGCCAACCUUGUCCUGAGGGUAUACAGGUUGUGUACGCAACGCCUGGUGUGCUGUGCGUACCUGCAUAGGUGUGCUUUGUCGAUGUGCAUUAAAAUCGAUUGACUGGAUGCAUCCGCGUAGAGCACCUUUGAUGAGACUGCUGCAAAAUAAAUUGCAAGCUGUCUUAAAAAAUUAGGUUUGUGCUUAGGAAAUUAACGAAAAUAGGGAGACGGUUGUUACCAGAAAUGAAAAUUCUAGAUCUUAUUAACAAAACCAUUUCAGUAUGUAGCAAUAUGCAAUUUGAGGUUGGUCCCCCAUUAAUAUCCACGGUCGUUGGUGGUGUCAUGUAAACGCAGCCAACAUUUGCUGCGAACACAUGAUUUGUGCCGCUUUUCGUCCCAAAUAUCAAAAAUAUCAACGGGCGUCUCGUCCAUUUCAGUAUUCCAAGGUUUGUCCAUAUACUCGUUCACAAAUAUGAAAUUUUGCCUAGAUCUUGCUGACAUCCUGGAAAAUCUUUGGUAGAAUAAUUGAAGUGUUUAUAAGCUUGUUAUCUAUCGAUAGUUUCUGCUUUAUAUGGCACUUUAUUAGAUAACAUAGAGGCUAUGAACCCUAAAAGAUGCGAACUUUAACCGACCCGACAACGCCACAUGAAGCUGUAUUAACAGUGUAACGGAGCAAAACGAUUUUCUUAGGGGAUGCGAUGAUUGGCCUAGGCAGGCUGCACGAGCCAUAACUCCUGCCUUAUCUAGAGAUGUCCCCUUAAUCGAGCCACGCGGUAAAUACGCUGGACCAAGACGGAAGCUAGAUCAGGUUUCAACGCGCAUACCUGGGCUGCGUUACCAUAAAAUAUGCCAUAAAUGGUGUACGGUGACUCGCCCAGGUGUAGGCUCUAGCCACGCCCUUAAAAAUUCAAUAAUAUUUCAUGGAAAACAUUGCAUAAAAAUAUUCAUCUUUUUACUUAUUCAGUAGAAAAUCCCAUCUUCUUCCGAUUUUUUAUUUGAAAGAAGAGUAUAAGUAAGUUUUAGAAAAACGUUUCUAAUUCCGGAAAACUUUUGGACCGGACCUGCUAUUACACUUGCAUUCAGGGUUUCCAAAUUACAGACCGUAUAUUUUCCGCGUACUGAAAAUCAUAUAUUUCUCUAAGAUAUUAAAAGAUUAUAUGAGGUCCGAAAAAUUAAGCAGGGAUUUUAGCAAUAUUGUGAACUUAACAAGCCACAUUCUUAAAUGCAAAUAAAUGAGGUUUUAUGAACGGCCAUUUCACGGUAUUUAAAAACCUAACAAGCAGAAACUUUUUUAAAACCGAAUUAUACACCUCUUUCAAGUAUGAAAUUAAACGAAGACGCGGUUUUCUUCCGAAUAAGUAAAAGAAUGAAUAUUUUUAUGCAUAUUUACCAUGAAAUAUAAUUGAAUUUUGUAGGACAUCGAAAAUCAGUGAGAACCUUUCUGCUACAUAAAGAGUCAUUUUUGCAGUGUAUCAUUCUUGCGUGUCGUCGAACAGCCGACGCUCUUAGGUAAUUAAAUCAUUUUAGAAUUAUGCUGCAUGAUGAUUAGUUUUACAACCCUACUUAAUUAAUCUUUUCGAAACGAGAACGAUUUUCGUAACUUCGGUUGACAUUUCAUGCAUAAGCCCACCUAAUGUACAGUCCCCGUCCCUGCGCCCACCAUUACUGUCAGUAAAAACGGUCAAAAUGUGGUUGUUUGGUCCAAUGGACUAUUCGGGGGUGCAAAAUCAUGAUAGCCUAUGAGUGACAAGCUACGCCGGCCGACGCGUAAGAACUGGCGCCGGUUCGCGGCCUAGGUGCACAAGAGGCAUUUUAGAUAAAGUCCGAGAGGGUGUCUUUGCGAUAGCGGCAUGCACGUACUCUGGCGCGGUUGUCGCGGCCGUCGACUGACAGACGUCGGAAAAUGGGGGGCGGGAGAGAACUGUUGCAGCGCCUGUAGUGCUGUAUCUUGUGGUUGUUACAAUGGUGGUAGUAGUGUUGAUGACGGUGACGAGCUGUUGGGCAAAAAAUAGGCCCUGGGAAACUGAAGUUGAUCACUGGGACAUAUUUGUCCUACUUCUGGUGUUCCAAUGAGAGUGGAUUUCUCUCCAUUUUGUAACCGUUUCAUACCGAAAAUCGACCAGGAUUUUAAAUGACUUGUCGAGCUUAGCGACCGCGGAUCGAUCGAUUUUUGAUUUCGCUCUCUUUGCUUUUUGGCAAAUUUUGGUGGCGCUGGACGGCUGCUGACGAUGUCUCGUCGUCCUAGUAGAGGAUGAUUUUAAUUCUACCUAUCCUCGUCGAAUGAGUUGGUCUCGUUACUGUGUUUGCUCAGAUUUCGUAGUUGUGUUGUGACCAUCUUGUCCUGUCCUUUAUGCCUUUAAUGUCAUAGGACUUUAGGGGCAGCUGUCUGUUCAUAGAAUCAGCAUCUGAAUACCAUUGUCGAAGAGUGAGUCAUUCUGCUUUUGAGGUACCUCGGCGAAAGAUAAUCGGUCCUUGAAGGUCAGAAAUGUAGCCCGGUUUUUCAGUAUGAGUUGCAGGUUUUGGUUUAAACUGCAAGUCCACAGUUUUAUUCUUAUAGGCGGCUCUGAAAUUCCCUUUCAAUUUCCCCGACGCAGUCACAGUCCCCGUAAUUGCAGCACAUUUGGUAAACAGUUGCCGAAGGCUUUGUUGCAGGGCUCUGUCCCUAGGUUGCUUCACAAGACGACGAACUGUUGCCUGGGGCAGAUGGAAUUUGCCUAUUCCGGUGAGUGCUUAUUUUCAAGAGACCGCCUCGGAGACCCCCUUCAUGUAGGGAAUGAUCCUCCAGAGCUUGGUUUGCUUCCGUUUGGACUGUCCUUUGCUCAUGCUAUGUUUGUUUUGCUUGAUAAGUGAGCUCGGAAUCCAUUAUUUUGGAUGAGGUCAUGAAGGUAUUAUCAUCCAGCUUUUUCGUGAACCGACGUGCGUUAAUCCAUCUCAACCCUGUGGAAUAAAAUGCGAACGCAGUUGCGUUUGUGAGACAGAGAGUCAAUGCAAUUGAAAUGUGGUGUUUGCAUAAUGCCGAUAACUUUUCUGAAUACUGCAGUUUGCGGUUACCUAAGUGCACACUGGCGUACAAGGAUAUCGAGAAAGAGAGAUCGGCUGUUUGUUUCAGCUUCCGUCGUGAAGUGGAUAUUCGGGUAAGGUAACAUCAUUAUUUUUUAAUGCGCAAUGUUGAUCGUUUUGGCAAUGGCGAAAGUUUCACCAACUUGUUGAACCAAGAACUUUGGUUGAUUAUUAAUGAACACCAGGUACUCUAUCCGUUGAAGGACCACUUGAUCAAUCGGACCUGGUUGGGAGGAGUCCAUUAGAGUGUCUUUAAUUCGUCCACACAUAUGUCCAUCGAAUGUAUAAAAAGUCGUAAAGCGGUGUCGUUCAACCUCUAGCAGAUAUUCGGACUUCAGUAGCUUGUCUCUCUCGUCGUAGCAUUCAACCGGGUGUUAUCCCACAGUGUAAAUUAGUCAGUUCACAGCCAACUAACUAGACUAUUCAUUUAAAAUGCUGGUCGAUUUUUGAUUUUAGGCGCUUUAAAAAUGGGGAGUCGACCAGGCUCUCCGGGGCGUCAGCAACAGUACAAGUCUGUCCCGAUGGGCAACUUUCGUUUUUCUGCCUAUCAACCAGAAACUCUCAACUUUACGAGCCUGAGAUCAAGUCCUUAUUACCUUGAUUCCUGAGUUCCAUUAGGGCAUAUUUUUAAUCACACACCCGUGCAUCCGAUGCGGAAAAAUAUAAUUAUACUCAAUAAGUUGACAAUCCUAUUUAGGAGAAAAUUCAGCUACCCCAAAGGGGCUAUGGUCCCCAGAAGUAAUGGACAACCUUAGAACAAAAGAAGCCCUGAUUGUCUGAUUUAUUGUAUCCUGACUCUCGGACGAUUUUUUAGACUAAAAGUGAAAGUCCCAGGCUGUAACCAAUAACCUGCUGGUGGUCGUCGUUUUGUCUGUACUAAAAUUAUGCCAUUACUGUCAUGGGCUAGAAUCCCUCCAGAGUCGCCAAGGUUUCGACGUUUAGUCGUGCUACAUGUACAUUUUCAGAAAAAGGGGAAUUAGUGGCCGGAAUAAAAAAGACUUAUCAGAAAGACGCAACUGGUUUAGUCUUGAAAGAAACCAAAGCUUUAUCUGAUGCAUAAGAAAUGGGACAUUUAUAGGGGGAUUUUUUUAAGCAAUCCUACACCUUCUAAAAGUACCUGCCGUCAUGCUCAUCGCAGAUGUUCCAAUCACCUCCAAUAGCUAUUCUGUCAGCGAAAUCGAAGAAGUUAAUAGUCUUGACCACUUACCCUGCCCAGAUCGGGCCACGGCGAAAAGUGGGGACGAGGAAGUCCGUUGUUUUGUGAUGGAGUUCAGCCUGGUGAAUCCUGACUUGAACAACUCGUAACUCACGCGUUUUUUAACCCCUGCACUCACCCCUCGCUGGAUUUCAGCCGGAUACCGUGCGGGGCGCAGGGUGCGGCGGAGGAGUCUGGAAGGGUGAGCGAUACAUGACACACCAUUCGAACGUCGCUUUUAUCCUCACAAUCUGAUGACAAACUAGCUUUAUAUCUCUCAGACUUUGCGACAUUAAACUGCAUCCAAAAAAAUUGAAGUCAAAACUAUAAACGUAUUGCUGAAUAAAGCGAACAGGCCAGUUUCAGGAGGCAGUUCAGAAGGCGAUGUUUUAAUUACUGGAAUAAGAAAUGUAUUGACCUGAUGUUUCGGAUUCUCACACGAGCCCAUCAUCCGAAACACACGGCAUAGGUAGUCGGGGCACCAAGUGCGCAGAACUUGUAAAGCAAGGUUGUCAGGCAGCUAUACGCCCAUUAUAUUUAGUAGUAAUCGCUUUCAUUGUUAGGGGUUGUAGGUGGCGCGAGGACUGUUUAUCGGUCCGUGCCGAGUCGCUAAUAGUCUGGAUUUCAUCGCCGUUCUCGAUUCUUUGUUCGGCGAUGACUCGGAAAUUUGGCUGACCGUCACCUUGACUGUGGGCCACCCACAUUUUUCCUGCGUGGCUAAUCAUUCUGCCAAGGUAAAAUGGCAUCACAGUAUACGGAGGCGGAAAGUCAAUGCGCUUCUUACUUGGAUGCGGGGGGGAGAACCGUGACCAACAGUCACAUUGAUAGGGAGCCAAACGAACAAGUAAUCGUCAGGACAGAAAUUGACACCCUCUAUAAAAUCACGGCAAUCAAUGACUCCAUUAGGGAACAUUAAUCAUCGCACCAACUACGGAACCUCAAAGAUAAGCACGAGCACUGACCAAAUGUAAGCGUGUGGUUGCCGGAAAAUCGUGAGCCAUAAGUACUGCGCAUCUUGUGCCUCUAAUACUUUAUCUCUGAGUGUAUCUGGUAAUGCGUUCGACUGGUGAUCCAAAACGCCAGGUUAAUGACCUCCUAGGCCCAGCGAUCGUAUAUUUCUCUUGUAAACGGUAAACAUGAUUAUGGCGCCGGAAUCAGUCAUAAUUUAUACAAAGGAGUUGUGCGAGGUGCUACCUGAUACCAAUGGGAUUUUUAGACAGAUUAAUCUACAGACAGGGCUGGCGCAAAAUGAAAAAGUUUACUGUCAGUCGGUGAGACAUGCGAGGCGACACUGUCGUAUUGAACAAUAUGAAAUAUUUCCAGAAAUGUCGUAAUUUCCUCAAGAAAUUUCCAUUUUUUAGUUCCGUGCAACUUUAGUCAGCAAAAUGUUUAAUAGCAAAACUGAUGCGGUAAUUUUGAUGAUUGAAAACCUGUGUAAAUUUCUAUCGAUAGAUCGGCACAUGACGGGAGCUCAAUAACCCGCGAUAGUUCUAUUAUGCAACCGUUGACAUGUACAAGGAAGGUGCUUCCAUCCGGAUCGUACGGUCUUGUAAAGCUCGAACAUCCUGCUCUUCCAACAUCAUGGAAAAAACUGAUGGAAUAAGUAUGCGACUGGUUUGUUCGUAAUCACUAAUGAAUGUUAAGCUUAAAGGUUCAAAGAACACAUCAACUAGCAAUUUAUUCUUAAAUAUAGAGAUAAGGGUGGCCUGACUCUGGUUUAUUUUUUUGCCGUAAAUAUGCGCUUUCUCACUACGUCAACAGUUCCUGAAGAUAAUCAAUAUAAUAAAAGUACUCACUUUAAAUGGUACUCAUGCAACCCAAAAAGGGUGCGGAAAGGACACGCUGCUGAGUCCUGUAGGCACGCCUUAUAUCCGUAUCUCACGUCCAUCUGCCGCAUCUAUCUGGCGCUGCUGUAAAAUGUAGGACUCAAGGCGUUUGCUUGGUGUUUCAAUGCUAGUUCCAUCGCCGCCCCCAUAGUAGAUCUGUGACUUUCCAACUGCCUGACAGAGCACGUCCCGUAGGAUGCUGGUGGUGAGUGGUGAGAUCAUACGUAAACAUAAAUUGGGGUUAGAUCGCAGUUGGUAGCCGGGAGUAGGGAAGCGAACGGCGACCUUAACCCUAACUCUAACCUUCGCCUCAAUCGUAAACGUUAACCGUUGACUCUAACGGCAACCCUAACCCUAGCCAAAAUCUUAAAUGCAACCAUGACCCUUAGACAUAGCCGCAACUGGAAAACCUAACCGUAAUACUGAAACCUAAUCGUACGCUCAAACCCUAACCCAAAAGCCUAGGUCUAAAGGCAUUACCCUAACCUAAAAAUCAAAAACCAUUAACCAAUACCCUUAUCCUAACGUCAAACGUAAAACGGAGGCCAAAUGGGUCAGAUGUGAUUAUGGAGUCCCACAGAAUAGUCCUAGUAAACAGUCCCCCCCACCUGUUAUACGGGUCCUGGCUACCAACUGCAAUCUAGCCUAAAUUCGUUUUUAAUAACCACGGCUAUCUGUCUGUGUUUAUUUCUGUCAAGAAAAUGCAUGCUUGAACUGUCACUAGUAGGCUCAGUGAAGCCUAAGCAUCAAACGUGUUCUGCCGGGGUUCGAAACCCAAAGAAAUAUCAAAGAAACUCUCCUCAGAAGGAGGAUUCAACGGGCUCAUCACUUCAACGCAGUAGAUGUCUCGUGAGCCUGCAGGUUUUCUCCCCGUCGUUCUCAGAUAAAAAUUCCAUAGGACAUAUUAGAGCUAGUGUACCUUUACACAAUUAGUUCAUUCUUGUUAGAAUACUUCGUUCUGCUUCUAGAAAUGAAGAUUUAGAAGUACAGUUAUGUGUAUGACCCCGAAUGCAUAAGUUGUGUUCCGCAGAAUAGAAACGUGCAUUCAUGCAGGAAUUUUGUUAAUGCACUUCUAAAAACGCAAGAUUCUGAUUUCACAUGAGAGAAAACACGUUUAAUUGGGAAAUAAAUGUACUGAGGUUUUUGGAGUAUCUGCUGAGUGAAUGUACAAUGGGUGUAUGCUGCUUAUAAUAAGAACACUCAACACAUCUCUCCUGAUGAACAGCCCUAACUCACUAUUCUACCCUCCGGCUUACCAGCCAGGUUUGUUAGCAUUAUGGUUAUUCUUUUGUCAGACUUUAGGGCGUAAACUUAACAGACCGAUCGCUCUGUCCCAAAUAACUGAAUUAUACCGCUUCGGGAGUCCAUUUUAUUUUGUAUUAGCAGUAACAUGGUGCACACAUUGCAAGUAAAUCUGACACACGCCAAGCGUCCAUACACAAAAAAGACCGGUACCCAUGUUUCAUCGACCUCUGUUGCAUGCAACUACAACAUGAAGUUGGUUAAAUUGUAGCUUUAUCCUCAGACAUUAUCGUGGGAAUUUAGGUGCAAUUGCCAGUUUUCCCAAAUGUGUGAACCUUUCUGAAGGCAGUUUCAAUAUUUGGUCCAAAAAUAUGUUUGGCCACUUGACCUUAAUAUCACGAAAGCACGAAAGUCAUGUCAGACGCAGCGUGUGAGGGAACUUCAGAAACAUUGACUGACAUUUUCAUUUAUAGCCUUAGGUAUUACUGUUUCUGUGGCACGAAUUACUGUGCAAAACUGCUGCAUAUGCGCCCGGACGCCUGUUUUUGAUGGACCAAUCUUGCAGUUUACUGCACGCGAUCGCAAACGAUACCUUAAUUGAUGUAUAUGUGUUUGCAUGUUUCGUAGGGGCCCGUAUUCAUAAGGAAAUGUUUGUUGAGAAGCCGCAAAGAAUAUUCAAUUUAUUGUACAUUAUGCAUUAUGAAUCAUGCGCCUUGCCCACUCAUGGUAAGAAAAGGGUGUCAUUCGCUUGUAAAGAUGUGCACACCUUUGAAUAUUCUUUGGGCACUCACGAUACCCUUUAUAUACUCAAUCGUUUGCAUAUUUUUCAGUGUUGAUUUCCGACGCGAUUAAUCAAUACUACGAAAAGAUAUGGCAUCAAGAUGUUUCCCCAUAAUGCGUGGCAGUUCAUAGCACUUAAUACGGAAGCUCAAUUCUCAAACACAACAGCAAAAUGGCCAAAUAAAAGCGUGUGAUUUGGCAAAGUUUUUAAAAUAGAACAGUUUCUUCCUUCGCUUUCGAAUCUUAAAAAAGCUACAUUUCUAAAAUGUUAAAACGGUUAAUUUUUCCUCCUUUUGCAAAGUAUGACUGUAUUUUUGUACAUGCCAAAAACCAACAUGCGGUAAUUUGCACAGUUGCCCAAUUUUAGCAAGCACUAUUUCCACGCGCACCCAGACAUAUUUUGGAACGAAAGCAGCAACUGAACACGUGCAGAAUAUUUUGAAAUGAUGUCGCAUGACAUUCACCACUGCAAACUCAAUAAAUCCUCCCUGGAUCAAAAUGUAUUCUAAGGUUCCGCCGAAUUUUUUAACUUGCACCAAGUACGAUAACAGCAAAUUCACUGACAAUUUAAUUCGUUGCACUAUGCGUUGCCCAAAAUUAGCCCUAGACUGGCUGCCAGUUAAGGGCACUUUAACUGUGCUUUAUGCUUGUAUCAUGUUGGACGUAUACUUAAAGUAGUAUGUCAUAUAUGGCAUGAACUUUUAAGAACAAACUGAAAACAGGGUCAUGGGGAGGCUGCUUAUUGCGAACUUUCUGCAAAUGAGCUCUCCUGAACGUUUAUAUCUUUAAUCAAACAGGGUAGUUAUUGAACUUUAAAGCCCGUGCGCAUGUCCUCCAUGGCAACCGCCGCUUGUGAAGAUUUCUGUCCACACAUUCGCAUACGACAGGCCAACGUCCUGUUCGACGAUGUCCACCAUGCGUUCCAUAGUACAAUGGGCAGAGUGACGGUGUCAUGUGCGCGGAUCAAUAUAUAGUGCAGGUAGACAUGCGAUGUCUCUAGUGCAUUCUCUCUUUUUCCUCACCCUCGUAUAUCCGGUAUCAAGAUAGAACGGAAAAGACUGGAGGCGGAAUCGGGUUCAAAUGUCUGACACGGCGCAAACCCACACGUGGACGUGCCUCCACAUCUCCUACGAGUUCACAAACGCACACACACCGGGGUUUUAUCUUUUUUGUCUUACACUCGCGCUGUGUUCAACCCUCGCAAAUGUAACUGUCGAAUAAGCUGCGGGAAAAUCUGAUUAUCAACAAAUUUUGUCCUGCUCAAAGGGCGAAAGCGACAGCAAUGCGGUCAGAUGAGGACAUACAGAUAAAACAUGUCUAGUUGAUUCCUUUGUCAUUUCGAUUCAACAUUUUAAAAAGGGGAUGGGGGUGAAAAUAAAAUUUAAUUUGGCCGGGCCCUCCUAUUAGAUUACUGUUAGAGUACCAGCCCUGCUCCAUGAGAUCAAGUUUGAUCGAAUUUGUUCGCAACAUUCAUUAGAUGUAUUGUAUCAUAUAUUACCAUCUCACGGCGCCAUCAUGGCAAACCGCUCAGUAAGAUGCCAAUACAUACUACAGUGGGUGGUUCUGUUUAACUUCCUUCACAUUCCAUCAGAUCACCCUUGCAUUGCCGAAUUGUGAGCGUCAGUUGCUCUGGUGAAUGUAACUCGAAAUAAACAGACGAGAUUCAUUGCACCUCCGGACCAGGUAUUCGUCUUCUCAAGCCUAUGUCUGGUCCCAUGAUAUUGUGCAACGCUUUAGGGUCUGGCUUUUCUACUCCCCAGUCUCUCCCUCCAAUUAUCAACAGAUCAUACCUUGUCAGACAGAGAUUUUAAAUUCAUAAAAACCCCGCUCUGAGACAGGCUCUUUUCUGCAGAGGAGGAGUGUAUCAAAUGCUUGUGGCUGCAGUGGAUUCUGGUCAGCUGUUCACUCACUUUUCGGGUCAUUCUUGGGUUACUUUUGCGUGACUCUACCAGUUUGUCCAAAACAAAAAACAAGCACAUUCUUCUUAUCCCGCAUGCACUUCAGGCUGGCGCUUCGAAACAACCUUGCAUUUUAUUGGAUCUUGGUUUUAAGACGUUGGCAAGGGAUUCGCUUAUCUUUGGCUUUUUUAUCUCAGUCACAGUGAAUUUUCCCGGCAGGUCGUUAUGUGGGAAUUGUUUUCACGCAAAAAUCGUCCCUAAUGCACUAUUUACUUGGCCGCCUAUGAAGGGUGUGGAGGCAACGCCGUCGCAAUUGGCAACCGAGGCGGUUUUUUGGACUGUCAAGCAGACCGACAGUCUUUUUGUGCACUUCAGACGCUAACACACUCACUGCAAUAGCCAGAAAAUUAAGUACGAUGCAACAUCUGCCAACGCGAUAGCAACCAAACCUCCAUCUGGACUCGCAUCAGAACUACUGCAAUGCAUAUCAGUUCGAAUAUGCAAAACAUCCAGAAGAGUUUUUUGCAACGUUGAUGCACAAAAGAAUAUGAAACGGCUGCCAGUGUAGGGGACCGUCGAAAUUUGGAUAAAGUCUUAGAAACACGAACCUGAGCUUAGAAACACUCAGAAGAACUAGUCACAACUCAGAAGCCCUAAUGUCCUCACAGGUGAUAACAGCGCCACCUACGUCACAAAUGCGUAACUUGCGGCCAAAAGUCACUCUGAGGAUCUCCGUUCUCUCACCUGAAGGAAACUCCAAGUGGCGCAGUCUUCGCGGCGAGAUAGUGAAUGGAGCCCGAUGGAAAAUCUCAGACUUACGGUGUUGAUUUUAUGCCUGGUUAACAGACAUUAAUCCACCCCUUUACCUGCACCGUGUGUUCGCACUCAAUCAACGUUAUACCGAACGUUCUACUAAAAAAUACACGCUUGAAAGUCGUUUGAUUUGACGUGAAAAUCAACAGCCGAACCCGUGGAACACAGGUGUCUAUGGCAUAAUCAAACGGUGCUUGUCUGACUGUUCGUCGUUUGGGUUGCAUUGAAUUGCGCGCGGCCGUGGACAGGAGCGCGAGGUCACUUUUGGUAACAGGUUUUCUGCUUCGAUUUGCAGUUCGUUGUUUCGCAACCGACUAAUAUCUGCACGCACAGCCACGUUCUUACUCUCCAGAACCAUUUCUUAUUUUUGAUAUCUAGAUUGUGUUUCUGCAACAAGACAAAAAAUAGCGGAAAAUUUAAUCUUUUCGCAGGUCUUGAUAAAUAAAAACAGUUUAUAGAAGCUACAAAGCGUAGGUAAGACCAUCUUAGAUGACAUUCCGAAGGCAUUACGCAACCAGCAAAUUCAGCAAAAUCGAGCGGAACAACCUGAGAAAUUAUUGUAUGUUGACUUAAAAGCGUCUCUUAAAGCCAAUUUUCCAAAGUCAUCCCUACCACAGGGAUCUGAAAUCUAUAUGCCUUGUCCAAAGAUUACUUUUGUGACAGGUAAGCCAGAUCGCCUACAUGUGUGUUUCUUGUGUUUGGGCGUUUGUUUCCUUUGCUUUUUUACGGAAAUACAGGAGUAGGGGCGCAAAUUACUAGUCGUGGUCGCCUGCAAUUACAUAUAGUGCGUGACCGAUCCCAUGAAAUGUUGAUCGAAAUACUGAAGUGCGUCUUUGAUUAGGAUGGAAUACUUAGGUGGGAUUGGAAUAUUGACCAUCAUGCGAGAUAAUCUUAUAGUAUUUUAAACUUGUCAAUAUGUUAGUUUUUGAAUGCACUUCUUUUCGACCUGCAAACACCACAUUUGGUAAAAAAUGACUACUCAUUUAGCAUGCAUUUUCCACCUUAAUUUUCAGUGGUCUUAUAAAUCGAAAAUUAUUUUAUAGAAAACAUGCGUAAAAUAUGCGUCAUUUUACUCCUUUGGUAUAAAAACACAGUAUCUCAAAAUUGUAUACCGUAUACUUAGGUUUUAAAAAGGAUUCUCAAUUCUCGAAUAGGUUUGAGACAAAUUAGCUACUAGCGUCGAACAAUCUCAAUUUACAAGGUACAUGUUAUCCGCGAAGGAAAGAUCAUAUAUUCCUCUAUGGCUUUAGGACGAUACCAUGUGUGGUUCAUCAAAAUUUCGCAAUAAAUGUUGACUAUGUGUUACUUUUCAACAGGAGCACUGACAAACGUGCAUGUGCGAUGCUCUUUGUAUGAACAACGCAUAGUUAUAAAAAAUUCAAAAUUAGGAACUUUUUUAAAACCGGAAGAUACUAUUUCUUCGAGUACAAAAUGUGAAGAUAAAGUAAUUUUCUACCAAACGAAUUAAAGAGUGCACUCUUCGCUGUUUAUGCACUUCCACUGAACUGUCCUUUUCUUCGACUUGGGUUUAUACUGCGGUUGCAAACUACCACAAUACCAUCUGCAUAGUAAUUAAAAUUACUUCAAAAUGACACAAUUUUGCUUUAUCCGUAAAUUUAGCUUGUUAGCUACUUCUAUGGAAGUAAACUAACUUGCUCACUCUUGACUGAAUAGCGUUGGCGCUGAACAUGACUUUAAGUCCUUUGCAGAACGCUGUUGACCCAUUCUCCCACUGCGAGGAAUGAAACGGCAGAUUAUGCCUGGUUACGUUAAGGUACCCAUGUCUGAGCAGUUUGAACAGUGAGAACGAUAGAACAAUGUAUCUGCUGGAAAAAUCGAAACAUCAACUUUGCAAAAAGUUAAUAUGACAAAUUGGCUCACAUUGUCAAAGAACACGGAGUACCACUGUGUACUUUCAACAGCCGUGUUUGUUAGGCAAAAGCCACAGCGAAGAAGCUUAGUUUUAGAGGAUUUCACACUUGUCAAACUCAGACGCAUUAAUCUGGAUCUUCUAGAAAACUUAGUCAACAAAUACGACGCGGCGGUUUUUUGAUAGGUCAAAUCAAGUGCAGACACUUUUGUCUUUUCAGAGGACCGGGGUCAGCGCAUUUUUUGCUGAAAGCAGAUGAGCUAUCUUGAGCUUCACGAAUGAAACUCUAUUGCGCCGGAAGUAAACAACCUCGCAAAGCAAGAAAUGUCACCAUAAAGUUAUUCGUUGAGGGAAAACGUCAGUGCGCCUCAGAAAUAUUGCCAAAAAUCCUGUAAACAACUGCAGCAUUAAGAAACUUCUGAGCAUCAGGCAUAAAACUAACGCCAUGUAAGGAGAAAAAUAGAAUUAUUCGUCACAUAAAGAAAAAACAGAAAUGACACUUGGAGGCCAAAAAAUCUAAUAUGGACGAUCUCCGUUUUGCGAAGUGCUAAUUCAAUCAUAGUUAGCUUUUUAAUACCAGCCUGUUUGAAAAUGGCAGUGAAAAGAGUCAUACUCUUUUUUCACACUAAGUCGCGGCGUAUUUGGCAUUGUUGUUGACAUUCAUCUAGGGAACACAUACGCUUUAAUAAUUAUGAUGAAUCUCCUCAAUAUAUGCUGUUUCUGCGUCUUUCAAUAGAACAUGCACUUUGAUCUGCUGUAUUUUCACGUGUCCAGUUUGCAAAUCGUUCUAUAAAUUAGUAUGCAGACUUGGAGAAAGUUGAUGUUACGUCCUGAGCCAAACUCUGUCAGCUUUAAUGAGAUAAUUGCUUAAUAUUUGAAAGCAACCAAUUAGCAGCCGAAAAGAUAAAUACGUUGUUUAUUAUCAACCGUAUUGUAGCACAUGUAUCGGCUAAAAUUCCAGACACCAGUUUUACCGAUUUUCUGCAGCUCAAGUAUUCGACAGUGAGCGUUUCGAUUCAUCAGUUAAUGCAUCGGCAUGCUUCUUGUAAUUUCUGUUAUAUACUAUAGCUUUGGUAAUAUCCUUUUCAGGACGAGUCUGAAAAGAUAUUUUCCGAAUGGUUUACACUUAGUUAACGCAGUACAUCUGUGGAAAAGACAAAACUAUAUUAUCAAUAUUGGAAUAUCAAACGAAAAUAAAACGGAAAAUUUGAGGAACAGGCCGAUAAUUGGAACCACCCACAGCUAUGUCGUGCAGAAUUUGUAUAUUUUAGAUCAAAGGGAAUUCUUCGACUAUAAUUAAGUUAAGGUCGAUUAUAACAAGAAUCUUAACUUACAGUGCCCGAUCGAUCUCAUGAAAUGUUGGCUGAAAUACAGAAAUGCGUUUUUAAUUAGAAAGGAUUACUAAGGUCCGGUUGCAACAUUGAUUAGCGUGUGGCAUAAUCCUAUAGUAUGUCGGAUUUGCCAGGAUGUCGGCUUUUGGACGCACCCUUUUUUCACCUCCUGCAAAAACCGUACUCAGUAGACAAAUGACUACUUAAGGAGCAUGUAUUUUUACUAUGGAUUAUCGAUGGGCUUAUAAAUUUAAACGUACUUUAUAGAAAACGUGCACAUAAAUAAGCUUUUUUAAUCAUUUGGUGGAAAAUAACAUUGUUUUAUCGUUUUUUGUACGAAAAAGUGUAUAGGUAGAUUUAAAAAAGCUUACCAUUUUUUAAUAUUUUUGAGCCUGAUCUGCCAUUGCAUGGUCUUCGCGUAAGGAAAAUCACAUAUUCCUCUAUGUUUUUAAGAUGAUAUUACCUAGAUUUCAUGAAAUUUCGCAAUGCAUCCGAACUGUGUUGUACAUUUCAUGAGCAGUAGCGGUAAACGGACAUUUGCGGUCAUUUAUGCAUGGACAGCGCACGUUCUUAAAAAUCGGACAAUAAGAGACUUUUUUAAAACUUAAAAAUACGCUUAUUUCGUGCAUAAAAUGCAAAGGCAAUAUUGUUUUCUAGCAAAUGAUUAAAAUAAAGCUUAUUUUUGUGCACGCUUUCUAUAACGUUCAUUUUAAUUUAGAAGACUAUGGAAAAUCCAUAGGAAACAUGCAUGCUACUUGAGUAAUCAUUUUUUACUGAGUACGGUUUCUGGAAAAGGUCAUGAAGGAGUGCAUCCAAAAGCUGAAAUUUUCGCUAGUCCGAAAUGCUAUAGGAUUAUGCCACAAACCAAUCAAUAUUACAACUCCACCCAAGUGAUCCUUUCUAAUCAAAAACGCAUUUCAGAAUUUCAGUCAACAUUUGGUGAAGUCGGUCAUGCACUGUAAGUAUUGCGUGUUUACCAACAAAGUGGUCAAGAGGGUGAGGUGGAUUCAUUGCUUUCUGUAGCAAACCCUACUUACGGUUGCCCUUUGUAGCACGAUGCAUAUAACAAUCUGUCUGCAUAGAUUCAUGUUACACCUUAUGUUUUGUUGGCCUUGUUGCCGCACUAUAGAAUGAUAUUAUACACACCCUUGGUGUCUGUAAAGGCCAAGUAAACAGGUUGAUCUAGUGAGAAAUCUGCCGGACUCCCUGAUAAAUGUUGAAUAAAAGGACAUUUGUGGACAACAACCCUGCCAUUUCUGUAGUCCUCUUGGAAAAUGCAUCGCAGAAAAUGUAGUCAACAAAGAGGUGAAAUCAAGAUGCCAAAUCAAAAGCGGUUUGGAACAUUUGGAUUUUACGCAGCUGAAUAGACGGACUGCACUUUAUGCUCCGUUAUUGUUGAUGCAGAUCUUUUUACAAGCCUCGCUUUGCCGGCACCCUGACGUUUGGUCUCACUUUUUAUAGAAUUUAGCCAGGCAGAAGCCUUCUUCUUGAGAUCAUAUCUUUGUCCGUUAUCUUCAUCCCGCCAUUCCUUUCAGUCCAAGACUUCCUAUCUCUUAGAAAUAAUAGAAGAUCUAGAAAAGAAAGUGACCAUUGAAGUGGCCGAAUUGUUUCAGGUAACGUACUGUACCUUCCGCAAACUUGGAUCAUCUUAAAGAAUCAAAUGCAUUCUACGUUAGGCAUAUUUAAAUGUCAUAUGUAAACCUGUUUUUGACGUCAUCAUAUACAACUAUACUAAAACCGACAAAUAACUUGAAAAUUAAACGCCUGUCAGUCAAUGUUUCCAUUGUCUUGUGACUCAUUUCGUCAAAUGUGAUGUGGAUAAAACAUAUGUGGACAAAAUAUAAUCACAUGCUACGUCGUAGGUUUUGACAUGCUUGUCCCGAAUGUCCAACCUUAUAUUAACCUAUGGUUUUUCUACCUUUUUGUCCAAUUGAUUUUAUGAAGACAGCUAUUUAAAAAUAAGUGUCAAAUUAUGGAACUCAAUGUCGAGCAAAAAUCUGCACCCCAGGGUAUUAUACCUCUGAUAUAGUUAAUUCCCGUCAGCAGUAACCUUGAAACGCAACAGAGGAAGGAGUCACAUGCUCAGGGAUGGCGUUUUUUAGUGUAGGAAGACGUGCGGCAUUAAAGUAAAAGACGCGAUCGCCUGUUUAAAAUACGCUCGAAGAGUAUCCAAGAUUAACGUCGAUUCGUACAUUUUCGCAACUGACGGAUGUAGAAAUGCGUCGGUGGAGUGGUUCUUACCGAACUUAACGUUUGCGCCGCAAUUUAUUAGAUAGAGGAAGCCUGCAGCGGUCUGUGCAAAUUAUUCAAGGUUUAGAGGUUUGGUCCUGCAACCCCACCUGAUUGAUACAAUAAUGUUAGUAUUCAAAAGCCUUUAGUAAAUGGGAACAUGCUGGCUCUGCAAAUAUCAUUAUUGCAUCCUCCUUAAUAUCUUAAUCCAGCAAGUGACUGUGCCGCGGCGGAGGAGGAGAGCAUAUAAACCAGACUCGGGUAGUUCAGGUAUCAGCUCGCAUGCGUCUCCUUGAGCCUGCUUCGAACCCUAUUUGCUCUCUUUCUUUAUAACCUCACUCCAGCGACCAAAUACGUAUACGUGCUAAUGGAAUUGUUUGGAUGGUGUGGAACUCCGUCGGCUCCACUACAGUGGCUAUGCACUGCGAAUUACCACGCGGUUCACUCCGUGGCUUUCUAGCUGUGGAUGCGCUUCCAUAUCCUACUAAUCUGGCGAGUGGCUAGUUCGGAGGAGAGUGUGUACUUGCCACCUUCACUCGCUUCCUUGCGCGUGUUUCGAGCUGUGCUUGCGCUCUCUUUCCCUUUCUUAUCCAACGAAUGACUAAGUCUUGUAUGUUAGCUAAUAUUAUUUUAGAAGGAUAGACAUACGGUACCAAGCAAGUGAUCUGCAGAACCAAACCUCGCCGAAAUCUCCCGCAGCAAAUGUCACGGACGAAAAGUACACUUUUAGGCCUUCGUCCUUUUACUAAAGCUAGCCUGAUUGCAGAGAAAACGGCUAUUUAAACGCGGUCAGAUGACUGAAUCACAACUUGAUCUUGCUAAAAAUUUGAACAAGUAACCAAAGCGUGGUUCAGGAGAUGCUUGUGCAAAGUUUUUUAUGAUCAAUGUCCUUGAGUGACCACGACCACUUUCCAGAAUAUGCGAUGUCGAGACAACAAAUGGCCACUUAAACAAUAUAUGUUGGAAUACUGCCUCAGAUGACAAUACCUGUAAGUAAACUCUAAUUAUCUGGCUAGCCUUCAAUAUCAAGUGUGUAAUAGGGAUAUAAUAAUGAUUACAUGCAGGCGACUAUGUCAUCAAUGAUCAUGAAUGGGACGACUACAAAUUUCAGUAUGUUUGCGGUUGUAAUGUGACCUCCUGCUUAAAUGCUGUAAUCCAGUGCCCCCAGCUCGCGACGGGCAGGCAAGCAAAUGCGCCGAUCGGGUAUCUCGCUGCGAAACCGUCCUCUUGAAGUAGCCUUCCUGUGUAAUGGGCCUCCUCCUUUUCAGCGGACAGCAGAUUUCUGCGUAAGGCGUUAACGGAAGCGCGUUUUUGCAAGAUUAGAUCCCUGACAGUCGAACUGCCUGUCAGUUUAUGAAUUCAGGAAGCAUACUGGGCGGGAGAUGUUCCUGACCUGGUAAGGUAGCCUAUGCAUGCUAUACCCCGAGUAGAAUGUAAGGCCGUUGCUGGAAUACUGACAUCCUCCUUGAGUUCUAUUAAAAUUAAAGUUGCAAUGUCAAAAUACAUGACGUCAAAGAUGUGCGUGUGUGUUUAUGUUUAAGUAAAACACACAUAAAAAUAAUUGCUUCCUUUUGGCCCUAGAGCAGGGGACGUAAUAUGUAAUUGUGCAGGCCGAAUUCUUACAACCGCUCCUGUCGGCACAAACGCAGUAUUGAAAUUUUCGCAAACAACGCAUUUUUAUUGACCUACAAAUGUGUAAACAAAACAAUAAUACGGCAAAAAAUCGUUAGACUGGGAGAUAUCUCGUUUUGUGUCAAAAUGCGCUCUUUGAGUAGCUUUUAAAAUCUCGCUUGAUUGUAAAAUAAUGUAACUCACUUAUGAAUGCACUAUCCAAAGUAUGAGAAUAUGUAAAUUAAACACCAAUUUCGAAUGCAACACUGACUACCAAAAGUAUAAAACAGGUUGUGGGUACUUUCUAUUUUUUUAAUUUUUUAACGUCUGAAAACUAUCAUCCGGCUAAAAAUCAAAAACAAAAAAUGUUUACCCUUUACAUUUUUCCUGUCAAAGUAGGAAAAUUUCAAGAAACGUUACAGCACCGCGAAGAAACUGGAUUAGUUGUAACAUAAAGGUCAUAAUGUAAUCCAUGUUGGUCAGCAUUUUAAUGGGCAAAUGAACUCUUUACUAUCGGUUUCUGCAAAUUGUUGUGCAAGGACGUUGAGGACAUUUGUCGCAGAGAGAUUACCUGCCUUACAACGAAAUUCUCCCUCCGGUCAAAAGAAAAGGUACUGUCUAAAAAAAACUGGGUACAGAAAUCGCUGUUCAUGAUAAAUUUUAAUGGUAUAAUUUUGAGCUUUCGAUCUCGGAGUUCAGCAUUUAAUUUAAAACCACACACGUAAUAAGAAUAAAGAUAUCCAGAUUUCAACAAAGACUCUCGGAAAUAAAAUGACGUUUGUUCAUAUAAUGGAUAAAUGAAAAGGAAAAUUACUGAAUACUGAGACAACGGUUUAUCUCGCAACAGCGUUCGUGCAGUAUAUAGAUUGCAAUGCACUAUAAGUGUCUGAUAGUCACUGAACUACAAACGACAUGUGCUUUUGUUCUUCUUUAAGGUUCAAGUGCGAAACGUGCUAACAGCAUAUGCCUGCUUGCAUCAAUUACUUAGAAUUUGUUUUCCAGUGGAAGCAACCACUUUCAAAAUAGCAAUUCACAAUGGGAGCUGAACAACAUUUUCAUUUUUCUUGAGGUCCUAGAUGGUAACGAAGCAUUGCCUGUGUUUUAUCCUUUAAUUUGCCCAAUACUUGAGGACAAAUUAAUGCUGAUGUGAAAUUUAAGUUAUCCUAGCCCGCGAAAGUUAAAAAACACAGGAUAUGUUUUGCAUACAAACCUCAUUAUAAAUGCCCACAAAGGUACACACGCCGUUAAGGUAUAGACAUAGAUUGAAAUCAGACUGCAGUCUUUUAAAGGAUUGUUACCUUCUUCCCAAUAUCAAUCAACUUGUGUCCUUAUGAACCUUUCAAAUAAAUUAACACUUCUACUUUGACACUAUGUUCGUCAGUGUUAGGUGAUGUCUACGUCAGAUAAUUUUUCUGCGGAAAAUGUAUAUUGAAUUCAGCAGAUAUAAUCAUUGCAUACUAUUUUUUCCUGCAGCAUAUGUAAUGUCUUCCAAAAUUAACAAUAUUUGUUUAAAUUCGUUAUCACAUAUGUAGGUAAAAAUAAGUUGCCGAAAAUUCCGAAAACUCAUAGAUUUAGCCUACUUUAUAAAAAACUUGGUUGUUUGUACUUUUUAUUGGAGGUCUCGAUACUUAGGUUUACUGACUUAUUUGAUGUUAGGGAAACAAAACCACGAUCAUAUCAGAAAUAAACUUUGUUAAGGUUCAUUUAUAUUUUACGCUCACAAUGCUCGCAAAGACGCAACCUUGCUUUUUCUUCACAAUAUCUUUAAGCGACUACUUUUCGCAACCGCUACAAUGCUCUAGAGCAUUUGUAUUUUUCCUAUAAUUUUAAGGCAGUGCUUAUUGUUGUUACUGUCUGACAUAUUCACAAAAUAUUCUGCAAAAACGCGGUCCAGAUGCAGCUGGUUCUGGAGAAUAAUGGCCUAAUUCUAAUUGUUGAGGCAAGCUGAACAACUACUUUCGUACUUUUAAUUUUUCCCCCAUGACACUCUCGCGCUCCAACCAAUACCCCUCCUUCCUUCUCAAUUGCCAGUAGUCCCCUGACAUUCACUCACAUCACAAUAAUCCACAAGAUCAUGUGUCCUAAGAGACAUGCAGGACAGUCGACUUUGUCCCCGAAGUGUUGAACCUAAUUCCAUAUUCAACAAUCUCAAAUGUCUGCUCGCUUUUGUCGUCCGCAGCGAGGACCGAUCUGGCAUGGUCUUCAUGCCUCAUUUAUUUCGUAUUCUCAGGGGUCGUUUGGACAGACGGUGGUAAAUUUCGCAAAACAAAUUACAAAGGGAGUUUAUGUGCGUCAACUUAGGGUGUGAUAAAAGUAACAAUAAUAUUUCCGGUGUGCAGGAGUCACUUUACGCAGAGAGCAUCUCAGCCAGCAUUAGAGACAGUAAUGACUGGUGGCUUCUGCAAAUUGUAAAAGUUUCGGGGAAAACUGAUCUCCAACUGAGCUAAUUAACAUCAAAGCAGUCUCCGGUUAGGUCGUCCUUGCCGAACAGGGUAGGUUUCUCGUGGUCGUGUCUUCUUCUCCAAACCGGAAGAAAAACGAUCGCGGAAGUUCUAAGAUUUAACGGAAGUUACCCUAGUCUUCUGCGCCUAUGCAUAAACCGGGAAUAAUUUUCAUUUUUUAGAGCUUUCAUCAAAAGUUCGCAACAUAUCUUAAACAAUGCCCGACAGCAUGUCAUUCAGACCGAUUCAAGUUUUAUCAAUUCUCUAUAUUCUAUAGAAAUAAAAUCGCUUAUUUCAGUGAUUGUAGUUAUUAAUCUCGGCGAAUGAUGUUGCUUCCGUUCAAGUGUGACUGCAUAGGAAAAUUUCAUUUAAAUGAUACAAUCACAUUUUAAAAACUGUUAGGUUUUCAUUAGACAUUGCAUCUUUACCCAAAGGAAAAUGCAUAUUAUGGAUUUGCUAUGUAUACUGUGAGUGACCGAUCUCACGAAAUGUCUACCGAAAUUUGGAAAUAUAUUUUAGAUUUGGAGGAAUUGCUUAGGUACCGUUUCAAAACUGUUUAUCAAGCGAUAUAAUCCUAUAAUGUUUUGAACUCGCCAGGAGAUCGACUUUUGAAUAUAUUUCUUUUUAACCCCCUACAGAAACAGUACUUGGUUAGAAAUGACUACUUAAGCAGCAUACAUUUUUAACAUUGAUUUCUGAAGGUCUUAUAAAUUUAAAUAUAUUUUGUAAGAAAGAGGCGUAAAAGUAUAUUUUCUAUUGCCCGUUUGGUAGAAGAUCACGUUAUGUUUGCAUUUUAUAUCUGAAGAACGAGUAUAGUUAGCUUUUGGAAAAGUGAAUAUUUAUGAGAUUUUUAAGACUAUUCAAUGUCCAUUCAUACAGCAUAGUACAUGUCCGUUUGAAAGUGAUCAGCAUCUUCUGCAAUAUUUUGUGAACUUUGCAUAGUAUUUUUCUAAAAUCAUAGAUGAAUAUAUGAUUUUCCUUAUGCCGAAAGCAUGCGUCUUGUUUACUGCAAUGGCUGAAAGCUAAUGAAACGGCUGAUCAGGCUUAAAAUUAUUCGGGCAUUGGGAAACUUUUUUCAAAGCCCAAAUAUACUCUCCUUUCAAAUAGAAAAUGUAAAGACAACGUGAUUCUCUACCGCAUGGGCAAAAGAAAGCAUAUUUUUAUGCAUGUUUCCUAUAAAAUAUAUUUAUAUUCAUAAGACCAUCAAAAGUCAAUAUUAAAAAGGUAUGCCGCUUAAACAGUCAUUUUUACGAAGUGCGGUUUCUCUAGAAGGUUAAAAACACAUACCUUCAAAAGCCGAUAUUCUAUAAAAUCCGAAAUCCUCUAAGAUUAUGUCGCAUGUUAGUCAGUAUUUGCAAAUCUCCACUUAAACAGUUCUUCCUUAUUGAAAAAGCAUUUCAGAAUUUUGGCUUGCAUUUCGUGAGAUUGGUCUUUCACUGUAGAUGCUGCGCGUAAUUUCCAAUAGCAAGGACGUGUGCUGAGUCCGAUGUCAGUACAUGGAAAGUUAUGUAAUCGCUUUAUCCUAUGUGAUGAUAUUGACAGAAAAAAUGUCCUCACCGGCAAAUACAGAAGCAAAGAUAACGUUAAAAUUCCGUUUAGACCUAAGGCUACUACGAGUACACCAGGCAAUUCAGUUAGACAAAAAAAUAUUCUGAUUGAGCUAAAUUCUUUAACACCAUUCUGCAAAGAUAAAAUUAUAAAUUUCUUGUUUCGCAAGAUAAUUACAAUAUUUACCUUGUCAGCAUCCUUGAGCUGAUUCAUAUGGAAAUAUCUCGUAAUCUGCUGAAUUCAUGAUGUGCCGUAGAAAGUUUAGCCUUAUACAUAUUAUCCAGGUAACGAUAGCUCAAGAACGUGUAACUUGAUAACUAAGCAUCAUAGAUGUAUUUUGAGCAACAUUUUGAUUGUAAAUAUCUCUUAAAAAUCUCAGGUAGGGAUAACUGGAAAAUUGUUUUGUUUUUUUACAUGUUCUCUAACACGUUAAAUUGGAAUUUGUUUGAUCUCGAUAAAAGACAAACAUAAUCUUGUAGAUUAGUUAAUCUACUAUAAAUUAUAAUUUAUGUUUCGAUAUGAUUGAGAUAACAAAAGUGACAAGUAGCAGCAAAAUAUCUUACCGGAAAUUCGUUAACUUAAUCGUUGGUAAUAUGUCAGCUUUAUACCACAGCCCUCCAACACACACCUCGACCUACUUUGACGAUUCAACCUAUGGGUUGGUGGUACCUUGCCUGUUGUCAAUGCUGCUGGUUAAAGUAAACGUGUCAGUGUGAUGCAGGAAUGUAUACCCCUCACCCAGAACUGCAGGUUUCCUUGAGCUAAUUUUCUCGUGUUUUUGUUCUCGCCCUAACAUUUGCCUUCCUUCCGGCAUCUUAAUCCUGAUAGUAAUCCUCAAACACCUAAACUUAACCCUAAACCUCUCAACCCCAAACCCAAACACUAUACUUAUCGUAACUCUUUUAGUCUUGUCUGUAACUCCAUCUUUCUAGAAUACGGAUCAAGGCCAUCAAUGUUGUUCCUCUCGCCCAUAUAUCUGACUGUGCACCGAUGUCUGACAAACAUUCCUGAGACGCGCAGCAAACCACUUCCAUCAGUUUGUUGCUUAGUAUUAAGAAUUUUAACUGUGUCUGUUUUGAGGUAUCCAACUUAAGGCAAUUUAGACCAAAAAAAGACUUUGAGUUCAUGAUACGGAAUUUGCCGACAGCUACUGGAAGAGAUCCUUUAUCAACGGGCAUUCUUCUCGUCUUGGGCUUCAUUCACGAACGAAUAUAUAUGUUAUGCAGGUGAGACCAGAGGCACGUAAAUUGGCACAUAACCGUUUCAAGCUUAUUCCACCUUCAUCCAGGCCUUCAUCCGAAAACUGAGACACUAGCAUGCGAACGCAUACAGUCCAGAUAGCCUAAAAACGUGGCCUAUCUGUUUAAUCACAAGUAGCAGUUCAGAAGAUGAAGAUGCGAUGUCCCAGUGAUCGCAUCUUCAUCUUCUAACCUUUGCUUCUCUAAAUGUCAACUUUUUUUCUGUAGGCGGAAGAUCGUUCGACAACAGAUGGAGUUCUCCUACAAUCAGCGGAACCGUGUACGUAAGGAUACUUCAAUCAUCUAAGUUGCACCCUUUCCUUCAAAAUGACAAAUAGCGGUUUCAUAAAGGUGAUUAUUUAUGAAAACAAAAUCACUACAUAGAGGGUCAGAAAUCCUUUAUUUGGCUGCAAUUCAAACGCGCCGAAUGGCCGAAAUUUGGCCUCCUUUAUUAAAAUAGAUGUCCCUCCUCGCUUAAGUUGAAGAUCAUUAGUAAAGUAUUGGUGUGCUUGGCACCAAGUUAUUAGCAACUCCCUAUGUCCUCUUUUUCACUGUACCACCCGGCGCUGGCAAAUCCCGAAACUGUCCCAUCUAAUCCUCAGGCUAACUGUUUGAUUUUCUUCUCGUUUAGCUUUCUAAGAACCGUUCUUAGGCCACCUGGGAUGCGGACUUCGAGAAGGUCUAUUUCAGCUCUAUAACUCCGGCCAUAAAUAACUGAGUGUUUCUACGAAGCAGGCAACGCGCAAUUUUGAUUUGAGACGGUGUAUUUGCCUAGGUCUUAGUUGCGGGAAGCAUAAUAAGAAAAGGAUUAUCAUGCAGCAGGACUCCGUCAAACGUCUGGAUCGCAGAAAGGACACAAUUUCAUUAAAUGUGGAAGAACCGGCCGCGAAUGAAACACAAGCAUGCUAGGUGUGACGGACAAACGGCGUGUAGUGACACGUUUUGUGCCUGCGAGGUGACGGGAGUGUCUAGGCGUGCAGAUUAGCGAGUCCAAAUGGCACAUGCGUUCGCGUUGGCCACUCGACGUCUAAGUGACCACCUGUCACCUUCUUUGUGUAACAUGGGUUGCCUGAUCUGCCAUUGUUCUCAGGCGAUGGAGUCGUUGAAGUGCCUGAAGUGAUGGUUAACGUGCUGUGGUGCGUCUCAUGCAACAACACCCGUUUAUCAGGCUAGCAUCACGAGACUUAUAAACCCCUCGUCUAUCAUGACCGGGUUCCGUUACGGGUAAGACGACCAGUAGAUCCCUCAGCAGCAUUUGAAAAUCAGUCGCAGGGAAGAAUCCGUCUGCAGUCGGCCAAAAGCCCUUAGGACUUCAGAGUUAUACUGCGGGUUGGCAGUGCAAUUAGUCGUGAUCUAUCUUGGUUGCAGUUCGGAACAGCAGUUAUUUCCCCUGUAGAAUAGUCAGUCGAUAGAUAGAGAAUUAGUGGGCGGUAAUGCCUCGGGGUACACAACUAGACUGGCGAUCGAAUCUGGGCUCAUCCUGGUCUGCUUUUGGACCUAGUCAAUCUGAUAACCGAGACUAAGUCAAAAUACAUCCAUUGCCGGUUUUUUGAUAAUUCGUCGUAGUCAUGACUUGGAACCAUCGACAGGCUACGCUGUAACUGUACAAGACCAAAACUGAGGUCUGAUUACCUCACGCCACGAAAUGGUUGGACAGCAGAGAGUCAGCGCUAGCCUAUAUGUACUUCCCUGUAUGCCGCGUAUGGUGAAGCAACGCAUCUAAACUUCGGCCUUCACAUCGGGACAAACAAUGCGCAAAAUCCCACCACAAACUGGCUGUCAGACGCGUAGAAUCAACUAGCACAUGACAGCACUUAGGGAAUAUGAGGUCGUCACUGGUUAACCCAUCCAAACGACACACUAGUGUAUUCCUUUCUGUAAUAAGAAAUCCAGCAUUAGACUAGCAAGAUACGUGGAAAUUUGAUGCUUGGAGAGUUUGAAGCUAAGGGAAUAUCUCUUUCAUUUUCAGGGCUGAGGGUUAAAAUGCAGUGGUAUCUUGGCUAUAUGACCUUUAAGGCUCCGUAGACGCUGUCAUGUCAGCAUCGGCUAUCCAUGGCCUACGCAGCUUGGUGAGCGCUGACAGCUCUUUGGCGUCUACUUCCCUGCCCGUAAAUGCGCUUGCGCCCUCGCUGGGUAUAGAGGUCGUAAGCAUAGCUGCAUAGCGGCUUUCUGAUCCGUUUUGGUGCUGCUGUUGGUUAAAAUCCUGGUGAUUUGCUGCGUCACCCAGUAAGUAUGGAGUGGAGCGUCCGGGUGCGAGCUUUGUCGCGCUUUCCACCUGCACCCUCUUUCACCUCCGAUCCUAUUGACUCUGUCCUGACACCCGGCCCAGGUUGAGGAGGAGGGGAGAUUGCAGCAAAUGCUGCUCAAUUCUGCUGUCGCUAUUGACUAACUCACGCGCAAGUCAUCAUGCCUGCCUCAGCUUCUUGUGGAGCACACUGCGGACAUCGUCGGAAAACGGUCGAACCUUCACGUGGAAUUUAUGACACCCUCACACAUGUGUGACCAGAGCCGACCUUGUGAAAGCAUCGUACAUGCUGAGGGCCAGAUCGGUUUUUGAAAGACGUAUACAUGCUGCUCAACCUCUGUCAAUCAUUACGCCUGCCCCAGACUCGGGGCGGCCUGAUGUCGUCUUCGAUGAGAAUUAAGUGAGAAAUUAACGAAGGUGAUGCGGCAGAUGCUUCCAGGGUCUGUUCAACGAGAAACGGAUUUACUCGCAGGCCGCCGCAGUUGCGUCAUAUUUGUAGGCAACAGUGUACACGUCAUCAUUCGUGGCGAUUAAACUGCCGCUUGGUCCUUCAUAUGCGGCAACCUGUAGGACUCCAGGCCAAAGACACUAACCAACGCCUGUCCUCUGAUUUCCGUCCUACCCCUUUGAACGGUUCCUACUGCAGUAAAUUUAACCUGAGUACAUACUCCAGCAUAUAUUUCAAAUGGAAGGUAAGUUGAACCUUCGACAGGCAGUAAUAUAAAAACGUCCAGAACCACGAUGCCCAAUCUUCUGCCCUCCCAACGUCUUGUUAAGCAGUUUUAAGUAAACAAUAUUCCCGCCAACCAUCUCAAUGACUUUGUCGCUUUAGGUUGGGAUUAUAUUUGUUGAACUGCAUAAAACUGCUGAGGCCUGUUCAAUUCCUAAAACGUUCGCUGUGAUGUUAGACUCCUAAAACAUGUAUUGAAUGUCCUUUAAGUGCUUAAGUCCUGAUUGAAAUGAGAAACGAAAUCCUAAGGCAUCUCUCUUGCAUCGGACGCACUUUCGAGCGUUCCGAAAACAUCUAACACUCCUUUCGACUUCUUUUGACAGGCUCGUGGUAGACCUUUCAUUACAACCAAUCGGACGAAUAUGAUCGUGGACUGUGUUGGGUCGCAGCGACGGCAUCAGGAUUCUUCCUCGGACGCCCUGAAAAUAAGCAAACCUCUCCAGUCUGCAGAAAGAAUGCAAAGCCCGACGCUUAGAAUAUCCCGUCCCAUCAAGGAAGUUCACUCAACCAUCUCUCCCCUGGAACUGAAAACGCUCAAUGUGAAUGCCAAUACUCUGGCUGAUGUACCUGAGUUGCCAACGAGGUCCACUACUGAAUGUUCCUUGGUAAACGCCCAGGGCUAUCUGCAGGGCAAUGAAAUGAGAACUUUCGACAAGCAGGAGGUCGUCUACAUCGAGAACUGCUUAGAUGUUGGCAAUCUUCUGCUCAUUCAGCCCACAUCGCAGUUAAUGGACGCGCAGUGGGUGCUUAAUUCGGGUAACGAGAUUGUGCACUAUCCCGCCUUCUCUGGUUCAGCAGUCAGCAAAACAACUUAA